AUCACAGAGAGGAAAAUACCACCAGAUGGCGGUUUAGGAUUGCUGCUCUUCUCUCAAGGCGCGGUUCCGCUCGCACGGCCAAUUUUCAAUAAUAUAAUACGCACAAUAUUAAAACGAAAAUCGAUUUAUCGUUUCGGAAGGUGAUAAUCGAUUCGGCGAUGGUCGUUAAAGGUAAGUGUGUGGUGUUUUUGUCGUGUUUUGUGUGGUGGGAACGGAGACGGAGCACAGAUUAAAGAUGGUGGACACAGACAGGGAAGACUGGUUGGUUGGGGGAUGGGCGUUAGCGGCUAACGGAGGUGAAUGUGCUUUCUCUCUCUUAUCCUCAGUUACAUUAUAGCCUAGCAGAGCCGUUAGCUCCUGAGCUAGCCCUCCCAAAUUUUUUAAGGCAGGACAACUUGCAAGAGGGGCAAGUGGUCGCCGCUGCGCUGCCCCGUUUUUGACAUCUUUUCCCACUCGGCGCCGGAGUUUGGCUUGUCAACAAAUAAAGAGCCAUGCGGUGUGACGUGUUUUCUUGCUGUUUGCAUGGCAGGAUUGAGAGCAUCACCUUCUCUCUCAUUUGCACAGCCGUAUUGUGAUUGUAGCUACAGUAUGCUCUCCUCCUGCCGCGCGUUGGCUUCCUCGGUUUGUCAUUAAAGCAGAUGCCAUAUUUUUUAUUUCUCAUGACUUUCUAGUUUUUUUUUCCCACUCUCACAUGUGUUAAAUGUUAGACAUAAACGUGUCCCCUCUUGUCACUUUCCCCCCUUGUGUCAACAUCAGCAUCCUUAGCCCUUCCUCUUGCCUUCAAGUUUUCAGAGUAGUGGUUGACUUUUCGACCCAGCUAAUAAUAAACGUGUUGCUCUCUAACGAAUGACAGCACAUGCAUGCUUGUUAAGACAGCAGCAGUUUGCAGUGUGGAUUCAAUGUGCAGUCUUUCACAACAUUAUUAUGGCGCUUUCUCUCCCCCUUUCCCGCCCCCUUCUGUGCGGGAAACAGGCAACACUGAGCGGGGAACCAUGAGUCACAUUAGGGGGGAUGGGCUCCACCAGCCAUCCCGACAGGUCUGAACAAGCCCCAGCUCUGGUUGUCCCUCCCCGUCAACACUGACCCAUGCUCAGCACAUCCUGUGCAGUGUUGUUUGGGCUGGUUGAUAGGAGGUCACACUCCCUCCCGGCUCUUCUCAUCAAUCUCAGCUUGUUGCAUAACUGCUUUGUUUACAGUUAGCCAUGUGAUUUUCUUUUUCAUGCAGGAUGUCUUGGAUUACUAUCUGCUGCAUGUUUUACUCACUGCCAAGUUGACCUCUUUUAUCCUUCAUUUUUUCCACCCUUUACUCCACAAGUAAUAUUUCAUUAGAGGUCCUUACACACUGGGACCAUUUUUGUCGUGCGAUUAUUUCGGACGUCAAUGUUUUUUUUGUACCUGUAUCCUAUACAAGCGUUCACACCAGCGACGUUUCCCGAUGUUGCGGCAUUUAUUUUUUCAGAUCAUGGUCAAUUUUUCUAAAGUUUCGCAUUCUGUGUCCACUUCUGACCAAUCAGAUUGCGUGUUGUUGCGACAUCUGAUUGUUUACGUGUCGGAAACGGAGUGCAUUUUGAUAAAAGACACAAAUAUUACAAAGAUAACGACCUGAAGGACAACUUGUGGAGAGUCAUAGCGUCGGAUCUCACAUAUGACGAUGGUUUGUGUGCUUUAACAGUUUGCUAAACGUCUUUGUUUUAACUUUCAUCUGUGCUAACGUAAGCUAACGGUUGUUACCGUAGUUUCAUGUGCUUAUCUGGUACUGGCCCCGACUCAGUAUUUGCUGUCAUGACAGAAAGCCAUCACAACACUAGUGUCUAAUCAGAACUGAAAACAAUCAGCGACCGUGGUACAGUUUCAGUUCCUGAACCAAGCAGUGAAACUCACUAAGUUCUCUUCUUUUUUGUAAUAUUGGAUGCACCCAUGUGCUACGUUUCUUUUUCUUUUGAGAAAGCAAAAGGAGUACCAAUUCGCCAUCACUUGAAGUUGAAGUAGACUCCAUUUUUGUCCUCUUGUGUCCACCCGGGAAGCUGUAGGUUGUGAAGGGAAGGUCCCGCCCUCCUUCGCCUCUGAUUGGCUAUAAGUGCCGAAGUCUUCCCCGGGAUGCGUCUUUUCCCCCCAGAAAGUCGCAAAAUCUGCAUUUAAGAGAUGACAUUCAAAAUUUAACACAUGUUCAUACAAUAUUGAAUUUUCAUAACCUUGUCAUUGCGAAGGAGAGGUAUGGUUAACAUAAUACGAAUCAUGUUUUAUAUAUUCCUUUAAAACAUAUGCUUUGCUAACAAAGCAAGUAUAAGCUUUAUUUAAUAAUAUAUUAGGGUGCUUAGGGGGCUUGAACAGUAUUAGAAGUCCUAAAGAUUAUAAAGGUUCUUAAGAAUUAAAGAAAAGUCUUUAGAGCCAAUUUAUUAGUCAUUUUGUUUUUUGCCUCAUAUCUAGUGGAAGUUUAAGAGUUUGCGCACAAAAAGUUUUAGAUAGUUUGAUGCUUUGAAAUCACUGGUUCGCCUGGUUCGCAUAUGUGUUAUUGAUGGUGGUUUACUGGAGUUAUGGCAAAUUGAAGACUGUCAACUCUUGAAAUCUAUGAAUAAUCUGUAUCAUGAAACUAGUAAAAUCUAUCACACCAGCUCGCUAUGGUCUGGCUUAAGAGGAAGAAAGCUCAAGAUUGACUGUUGAAAUUUCUUGUAGUUUAAUCUAAAAUCGGGAAAUCAUGAUAAAUCAAGGCGGUGAAGUCUCACUCAACCAUCUGUUUUGACACUGGCCUACAUCAUCCCUCUUAUCCAAGGCUUCCAGCUGACUUCCAAGGACUACAUUGUUUAGAUUGCAGUUAGGAAAGGCUAAAAUGGCCCUAGUUACUGAGCUGAUCAAAACAACUCAACAAACUGAGGGCCAUCUAUCCUUGGUAAGGUGGGACAACAUCUGUGCUAGGUGUUGAACCAAAUGACUAGAGGAUGAUAUUAACACGGCGUUCAGGGGACCACAACUCUUGAGCUUCUGGGGAGUUUGGUGAUUGCUGAAAAGUAAUGUCAAACUUGAGAAAAUUAUGCGAGUUGACCUGGUCAAUUAGUUAUAAAAAAUCAAAGUGAUUGACUUCGGAUCAGCCUGCAAUGUCGUAAAAGGAGAGCAGGAUUCACAAAUUUGUCCCAGUUUCUACAAGCCAUUCUAAGACUGCUUGUAACAAGGCGAGACCUAUGUGGUCCCAUUUCUGCUGAACUUUUCCUUAGCUGUGUUCUUCAUCCUGGGUGCUUUGCCUAUGAGAUGCUUUGGUUUAUUAUAACCCCAACCCAGGGCCAACCGCCAGGGUACUUCCCAGAUGCUGAACCCAAAACCAGGCUCUUUUACAGACAGGCUUGGCUAAACAUUUGGAAAUACAUGACACCAUUUAAGUUUGGAGCCAUACCAUGGUUCGACUGCAUGUCCAGCACCCUGGAUGACCUCCAGUAAAUCCAAUCGAUGCCAGACAAGUCAUCUGUCAAUUGCAGUUUGUUGGCAGAAAAGGCUGACCUGGAAAAAAAUGUGGAGCUGGUUGAGCAAAUAUUGGAUCUAUGACAGAGUGAAACACCUGGCAAGGUGUUACAGAAUUCCUUCAGUCAUGAGUCAUUUAGUGGACAUGUGUUGUCUGCAGAGUCUGAUCAGAUCAGGGUUAGACUAACCCCCGAUUCAAACCAAAGUAGGACCAAGAAUUAACAGAGACCACAACAUUAUUCCCCCUAAAGAAAAAGACGAAGACAUGCAGGAAGAUUCCUAGUUUGGUAAAGAACUUUUCCACAAAAUUUCCUGAGGUGCCAAAAGGAUCCCAAAGAACUGUCCUCCAGAAAGACAGAGGAAAAGACAACCCUUCUAUGAAGAUUCAGGUCUGGACGAAGGAUUCUUCCACCAUAAUCCUGACCACUGAAGAGGGUGUUUCUCGUGUGAGCCAGGCCCCCAAAAGAGAUCUUUGCCCCCAAAAAGGAUCCUUUAACUUUGAACCAGCAUAGAUCUAAGAAGAGAAACUGAAGGGUUGCACAAUCUCAAAAACUAUUCCAGAACUGGUUUAGAGUAAAAGUAGACAGAUGGACCUAACCGAGAUCUGGGUCACUGGGACUUACUGCUUUGACUGAAUGGUUUGACAAAGGUGUCCAGGCUUGUUUUAAUCAACUAGGUGGUUGAUAACCACCAAGGAUAAUGACAAAGGUCAGUAUACAGGAUAUCCUUGAAUUACAGAGUGAUAAGUCAAGGCAAUGAAGAACCAAGGGAGAUUUUUUACUGAAAGAAGGCUGUCAAGGAAUUAAUGGGUGUAGUUGAGUUGAGGCAGUAGAGCAAGUCUGUGCACUCAUGACACAGCCCCUCAGGUGUGAGGUGAGGAAAUAAGACAUGCCAUGUGCAAAUCCAUGAUCUCAGUUUAUGAGUUCAUGCCCAGUUACAGUAUAUGAUAUUUGCAUCGGUCCAGACUUCGAUGUGUGCAGACUAAAUCUGUGUGCACAGAUUCGUUGACCUCUUCUUUGUUGUUUGCUCUGCAGCAGGAAGCAAACAGAAGAAAUCUUAGCUGCCGUAGAAUCAGUCAAACACACAGUGAAAUUGUAUUAUAGAUACUGAUGAUCCAUCAUGAAGAGCUGCACACUCGGCCAAAAAUUUCUCGAUGGGAUAUCAGUUGAACAGAAAUUCUCUGCCGACUGUUGGUCCCAUGCCAAAGACAAGAUAUCCCAGAGUUUCUAGAUAUCCACACAGUUUUUUAUUUUCUGUUUGUGCAACACAGUAAUAAAUAUUCAUUUAUACAUCAGCCUGUCUUUGCCUCAGGCACUGGAACAAUUUGAAGCUGACAUUCGGCAGCAUCUCUUAUAUAACUUGUAAAAGUGGUUUAUGGGAGGAACAUGUCAUUGUUGGAAACCUUUUAGAUGACAUUGAAGAUCGGUAGAAAUGAUGAAUAAUUCCUCCCACCUCCUCUGUCAUUUAAAAUGCUGUGCUCUCUGCUCUGUUUUGUGCCAUAAAUACAUACACUGGGAAUCCUAUUAUAGUCAUUUUUGCUAGUGUACACACAGGCUGUUUUUAAAGGUGAUAGUCAGUGCUAGUGAAUACGUAAUGGGUGUUUGUUUUGAGGAGGAGGGUUGGUUUCAGGCAGCUGUUGUUCAGAGAAGUAAAUAGCUUUUCCAUAUGGCCUAGAGAAAAUGUGCAGUAUAAAAAGGACACUGAGUGGCUCUAUUAAUUCAAUCAAAAGCUACUAAAGGUUAUUGUGUAAGAUAAUAAAUUGAGUUGUAAAGGGCAAAGGAGGAUUCCUGAUUAUAAACUCAGACAUAUAACAGUCCCAGAGGCUCUGACAGCAGAGCCAUAUGCCUAUAAUGGCAGAGCUCAAGAGAUUAUGUAAUGUGUUUGACAUUUGUCAGAGCCUAUUACACAGUGACCUUGAUUCAAGAGGGCAGCUGUAGAAAGAACAAUAUUUCCUCCUUAUAUUGUUUUCCAGGCUCUGAUGGUUCUCAGUGCAUACAAAGGAAAACAAACCAAAUACCGUUGCUCAUUUAUGCUCACUGGACUUUCAGUUGUAUCUUGAGUUUUACUGACAUUACACAAAAAGGCACAUAUUUCAGGGUUAAAACUAACAGAGGGAUUAUUGCAGUCAGUAUGAUAUUAACAUUUGUUCUCAUACUAAAUAAAGAAUGAAACACCAGAGCGAGGUGGGUUUAGAUAGAUUAAAUACCACCAUUGCUCUUGAUAAGGUUUGCUCAUUAUAAAACCACCUGACUUUUUACAUGUUGUAGUUUCACAGUAUUGUGUCAGACCUGUGUAACACUUCCUAAAAUAGUUUUGCACUCCGACGCGGCUGCUGUGAAGCAUUCCUUUUGAUGUGGCUUCCUGUUGUGCAAUUAGCUGACUUUUACUUCUCAAAACGGUUGGCUUACUGUCACAUAUUUCGCACAGGUUAACUGAGGUCAAGCCGAAAAAACAAAUUUCUGUACAGUGCAGCCCAGCUGAAUUUGUUUACUUAAGUGCAGGCUGCUGAAAUGUGGCCUGGCAGAAGUUUUUGAGCAUUUUUUUCCCCCCUUAACUUGAUUCAUGUGAGUCAGAGAAUCUAUUCAGUACAGUCGUAUAGAAGCUGCACUGUAGGAAAAUUCAGUCACAGAAAUUCAAGCAAACAUAUCCAUGACAAAAAUAAGUAAGAUGUGUAAUCUUGAAACUUUUUGCACAUUUUAAAUGUUGUUGCAAAGGCGCCUAAACAGUUGCAGGUGUCUGUUGAGAGGACAACACUCAUUACUUAUUCUAGGUCCAUUAAACAGAUAUUAGAAUUUGUUGGUGUCUCAUUAUUCAUGGAGUCUGAUCUCUUUUAAAGUCAACGCAGUUUAACAGGAAGGGCUUGACACAUAUGAUCCUAAGCUGAAAAAGUAAGAAGCACACAAAGAACAUUAGGGGCACAAUGAAAACUGAUCAAAAAAUGUUUGUCUUAUUGGUCAACAUGAGUACUAUUAUUUGAAAUCAAUUUUAGGUCUUUUGGUCAUAUGUAAUGGAAGCUAUUGAAGGAAAACAGCCUUUUCUGAGAAAAUCAACCAGUAAUCUAUUGAUGGUCCCUUAUUCAACACCCGAUGUUGACAGCGAGGGUGCCGAGUAGAUUUAACCGCGCUGCUCUUGCUAUUCCCAGUUAUGGAGAGUGAAAAGACACCGGUAGAUCCACAGUGAAUGUGCUUAGGAUAUUCACGCCGACAGGAAGAAACUGAAACUUGUUGACUUUCUGUGUAUCUCACAAACUGGUUUAUUUACCGUUGAGGCGGCCCACUCUCCUCCGUGCGUCCCUGAGCUGCCUGCUUCAGAUUAUCACUCUGCUGUGCUGUGAAGUAAUUAGUGGACGAACAUUGUCAUGAGGUCGCUGCGCCAUCUACAGGAUAAGUUGGGGAACUUUCUUAAGUGGCGGAACAUUUUCGAAGUGAAACCGGAUCUUAUUCUCUGCAUUGUAUUUCUGAAAAUAUCAGCGAGUUUUCGCCGAUGACUGACUAUUCUCAAACGGGCUAAAAUUGGCCGAUUUAAUGAGCUUGCCGAUAAGUCGGUCAGGCCCAACAAGUAGUGAAUGUUGGGGGAUUCUCCCUUGUAAAUAUCUGAAACCAUCGAUUCACUAUCAGUUGCAGCUUUUCAAUUAGACCUAUAUAAAGGAUAGUUUCUCAUGUAUAUAAAAUGAGCUGGAAACUACAGAUGUAUUGAAGCCCAGCAAGCACGCCCUCACUGAAUCAGAAGCAGCUUGUCUGUUUUCCAAGGGGACAUUUAUACUGUUAUUAAAAUCAAAUACUUGAGAUUCUGAGCUUGCUUUCAAAAGGAUAAUGCUAUGUGAGCUAUGCUUCAAGGCUAAAAAAUUUUUUAAGUCACACAAGAAUGUAACAGCUCAACCUUUUCCUGAGCUGAAUAGAUUGGCUGACUAGAAAUGUGUGUUUUUUUUUUUAUCAGAUCGUGUUGACUUAAUGGUAGGUUAGAUAACACGGUGACAAAACUGACUGUUCCCUGAGCCGUCAAGAUGUCAGAUCUGUCAGGGGAUCCUGUUCAGCUGUCAGGUUAAGCAGUAAUGAGACAAGGUGCACGGUGUCACGUGUGCGUUUGAGCUCUGUGAUCCCCCCCCCUGGUAUUCUGACAUCGCUCACCGGUUGCUAGGCUGAGCUGAUUCUACCUACAGCUGACACUCAAGUGUGUUUACCUUGGCAGCUAAGAUACCGGCAGAGAGCGGCUGUUUCUACUUAAAUACUCAGAGGGAAAACAAAACCAAGGUUUAACUUUCAUCCACCAAGGAGGCUCUUUAUUUUUCAGCCCUCUCAAUGUGUUUUUCAUAGUCAGAUGGCCUUAUUACUAAGUGGGUGGGUCACAAUACUAUCACUUUUAGCUUUUUAAAAUCACGACUCUUGAGAGGCCCGAAAGAGUCGUGUUUAACUCCUUCAACCCUUAAAGCUUGGAAAUCUAGGUUAGCUACUUCUACAUUAAUCUUUUAAGCCAAUCAAAGUUACACUGGUUCCAACUGAAAAUAAACCAGUCUAUCUGACAUACCUAUCUGGAUGCCCUGUUCUGUGCACCCACAACCGAGGAAAUAGAUGGAAAACUUGUAGAAAUGAAAACCCUUGUUAGUUUCUUUGUGGGGAUUCCUAGUUUGGCAAGUUAAGAAACAACUGCUAUUGUAUCUCUGUUGGCUGGGAACAUUGACUGUAUAUUGUUAUGGACAGUGUCUCUCCAUUUCCUCCCAUUGUGAGAUGUGAAGCCAAAAUAGUACCCCUGUGGACUCUCGUUUGUUUCAUGCUGCAUAUGGCAGAUGCAGACCCUGAAUACAACCCAAACCCGAAAAUCAGAGCGGCUUAUUGACAGAAAAAAAGCAAAUAAUACCCAAAAAGUUGUUUGUGCUAUGUGAAUGUGGGCUAUUUUGUCGAUGCGGUGCAGGCUUUUAUUGUUGAAGCUGACUGUAAUCACAAGCUCUCUUUACCAGAAUCAUAAAAGAUAAAAAAAAUACUGUGUUGUUGCUGCCACCAUUUGAAAAAUACCAAAUUUCAACGCCAAAGAAGGAGGAAUUUCUCACUUUACAGUUCAGAUAAUAUGUUAAGCUACUGCCAUUGAACGCCCACCUGCUUUAGAAAUGCGUGUCUUCGAUGACAAUGGUUUGUCCUCAGUAAAAUGUAGUUAGUAGUUUGCAGCUCCCCUGCAGCAUUACUGGCUGUUUGGGUUUUGUCACAUCUGCUGCUGCGUGCUGUUAGGACAGUGAGGAGGUGUCGCUCCCGCUUGUGUUCGGAUCGCCUGCUGUGCUGAUACUGACAGCAGUUCAUUUUUACAUCAGUGCUGUGAAGUGGAGCUUUGUUGACUGGAACAACUUAUUAAAGACUGAGCCUCAGACAGACAGACACUCACUCAGGGAAAUGACUGCCAAGACUGUGCUUCACUCUUAACAGAGAGAGCAGGGGGGAGAGUUGAAAAGGUGGAAUGAACAGUUAGUCUUUGUACAAUCAAGUUUGAGCUGAAAAAAGGCUUGUUUACCUUCAUUUAUCACCUGACAUGGCAGUAGUCCUCGGAUGUGAUGACAUUUUUCGCACUUGUCCUGUGGGACAAUUAUAAGUGGAUCAUUUCAUAAUGAAGAAAAACGGUAUGAGGUGUUAUAACUGCUGGUGAAUCCUCCUCGUGAAUCAAGCACGUCUGUUUACUAAGUGCCAAAGGACAAGAUAAUAGCGCCAUCAAAUAUUUGUGCAAUUAAAUGUUAAUUGUGCUAAAUGGUGAUGGUGAAUAAGCUGAGCUUCUCACCAAAGGGCUUUUACAUUCAUCCAUUCACGCCGCAUAUUCUGACGCUACUAUGAAAAGGGCCCAUCAGUAUUGACUAGUUCCAUUCACACGCUGCCGGCGAUGCCACCGGGACGGUCUCAGGGUUAAGUGUCUUGCCCAAGGAUGUGGGCCUCAUUGAGAGUCAACUUACUGUACCACGGUGCCACAGCUGCUCCCAUAUUGUGACUGGAUCAGGAGAGAGGUUGAAUUUUCAAUCAGUCAAGCUGUGUUUAAAGAGAUUAGUGCGAUUUAAGUGCUCAACACGUGAUCAGUCGACUUGUAGCUUUAGCAGAGCUCAUAUUUGACCUGUGCCUUCUGAAUUGAAAAGGAAGCUGUCUGAAAAGAGUCGGAAAUUUCUGUCAAAUGAGCCAGUCAUGUAGUGGUAAAAACUCUAAACUUGGAAACCAAAAUUAUAAAAAAACUAUUUCCCUUUUUUAAGAAGAAUUUUUGAGACGCUGCUGUCAAGAACUUAAGCAUGUUUUGUGAUUGGGUUCAUUUUGGUACUUCCUGUGGACAAAGCAGAACCUCAUAUCUCAUGCAUAUGUUGUGUUAAGAGAAAAUCCACCCUGCAUUAUUAUCUCCCUGAAACAUCAAAAAUGUAAACAUUGGCUGUUUUAGCGCCAUGAGACUGACACUUACACACCUGCUAGGCAAUCAAAUAACUAUAGUUAAACAGUCAAACUUGUUGUUGAUGGUUGUUUUAGGUCCUACAGAGGCAUCUGUUGUAGGGCCCAACGGAUUUAUCGGCGAGCCGAUUAAAUCGGCCAAUUUUAGCCCAUUUGAGACUAAUCGGUAAUCGGCCAAAACUUGCCGAUUUUCACCGAUAUUUUCAGAAAUAAAAUGCGGAGAAUUUUUUCGAAUUUAAAAAAGUUCCCCAACUUAUCCUGUAGAUGGCGCAGCGACCUCAUGACAAUCUUCAUCCACCAUUAGCCUUGCUACACUGUUAGCCAUGCCAGUAAUGGUAGAUGAACAACAGACACAUUACGUGAUUGAGCUACUUCUGGAAAUGUGUAACGUGAGUUAAGACGCGGGGGCACCAAUGGUCAGCGUCGAGAGGGGGGGGAGUUGAAACCGCUUUUCUGGUCAGAGUUUGAUCAGCUGGUCUUCCUGUCGUUGUGAAGAGUAGUAUCCUACAGUAAAUUUACAGUACAUAAGUAUUUUGUAGAACUUAAUAAAAAUUUUAAAAAAUCGGCUGAUUAAUCGGUCAUCAGAUUUUUUUCCCCCAAAAUAAUCUGCAUCAGCCCCAAAAAAUCCAUAUUGGUCGGGCCCUAAUCUCUUGUUUCUUUUGCCAUAGAAAAAACUCCUUAUUUGAGCUUGAAGUGAAAGUAUAAAUCAUAAAAGUAAAACCAUCAGAGCCUGAUACAUACAAGUUCCUGACAAGGUCUUCAGAAUCAUAAAAAAAAGAGCUUUUUUUUAUCUCAUACAUUUUGUAUGUCUUGGAUUUGUGGGCGGAAGGAAUGUCCUCUCUGGCCAACCGUAUGGAAAUGAAGUGGAAGUCCCAGAUUUGCAUGAACUUUGAUAUGGGAGUUGUACCUGUGUCUCAUGAGAUCUUAAAUAAGACUAAAAGACAAGUUGUGGUUUAUUAUUGAUCUCCUUGUGGGGCUGGAGAGAGUACCUCCAGCUUCAAAGUCAGAGAUUGAUAUCUUGCUUAUACAGUCUCUGAGGGCUGACGCAUAUGAAAAGGAGGCGAGUAAAUUCUCGCCUUUGCUGGAUUUACAUGUCUCAGGGCGGCUAGAUCUACAACUGGCAGCAGACCAGACCCGCAAAUCCUCCAGGUGUCAUUCGAACAGGCGAGGUUAACAACCAGACUCCAGCAAACACCAGCUCCUUAGCAUCAGCUGUGGCAGUGUGUGUGUGUGUGUAUCAGAGGUCAGUGUUAUUUGUACACCCUCUUACUUAAUAUUGAUUCACCGGCCUGUGCUGGGUCAAUUCUUUGGCUGCACAAGCGAAAAUAAAGUGGUCUUAAAAAGAGUAAGGAAUAUCAGCAAAGUGAGCUUUUACCCAGGUUUUGUGCAGAUCUGGAGGCUGUAGCAUACUCAAAGGCAUAAAAACUGACACCUGGAGCAUUAAUGCUUAUCACAGAUACACAAGAGAUAUGUUUUUUUGGAUUUUAAUGCUCAAAAUACUUAAAUUGUGUAAGUGACACCCAGUGAAAAGGAGUGAUUGAAGGCUGUAUCAAGCGUGAUAGCUUUGAAAGUAAAGAAAGUCGAGCUGACCGUUUAGAUCUCAUCAAAGCGCCGCGUCUGACAGAUUGAUUAGUAAUGCCUGCUGAGAAGCACAUGCUCCUCUUGUCAGACAUAAUCACCGCGUCAUCACUUUUCAAUCAGGGGUCAUUGUAAAUUAAACGUUUUGUAUAAGAGUAGAAAAACAAGCUUUUACUGCAGCACUUGAUCUAGUUUCUUUUUUUGCCGCCCUCCAGAACAAGUCACUCAGAUUUGUGAGUUGUCACAUUCAGUUUUGAGUUCACUCCUCAAGGAGAAAGAAGUAAGUCUCCUCCACGGAUCCAGCUAGCAAGGAUCCACAGAGAUAACCGAUGUCUCCUCCCAAUCCCAGUUCAUGUUUUCACAGAUGAAUCAACUGUAGGUAGAGAUUCACUGGACUGUAUCAGAGCACAACCAUUCCCUCAGACAUCAUUAGUUUGUAUCGCUCAGACCCCAUCUGCUCCUCCAGCCUGAGUACAGCAAGGGAUUAAGGGGUUUCCCUCACCGGCUGACUCCAGCAGAUUAUUUACCCAUAAACCUCCUUCCUUAUCCCCCACUGACUCAGUAUUAUUCUGCCAGUAUUAUCCACCUGUGAACCAAACAGAGCAGCUCAAUGCUCAACAAACAAACCGAAGCAGCUUCUCUCUCUGCUGUUUACAAAUCAAAGUUAGUUCACUGUCGGGUUAAUGAAGUCCAGUAAUGCAGGGAUUGACACUAACAAGUUGAAAAAGUAAGGAGUACACAAAGAACUAUAGGGGCACAAUGAAAAUUGAUCAAAUAAUGUGCGUCUUAUUGGUCGACAUAAGUACUAUUAUUUGAAAUCAAUUUUAGGUCAAUUGGUCACAUGUAUUGGAAGCUAUAGACGCUUUCAUGUGUACAAACAACGCUAGGUAUGGGGCAAAAGCCUGCUUUGGAGUGAACUGAUAAGUUCUUCCUGACGCAAUUGCAAUAAAAUGUCAUUUCACUGAAAAAUUGCUUUGUCUUUCGUUGCAUCAAAAUUGGAAAAACAUUUGCUAAAAUAUCCACGAAUUUCACUCAAUUAACCAGGUUGUGACGUUGCAUUAGAUGUUUCUACUAUCAGGAGCAGGGUUGUAAUGUUUGCCGAUUGUUUGUUUUGCCGCGAUUGAGUUUGAGACAGUGAAAAUACAUAUGGUAUGUUGUAUCUGAACAGGUUAGCUUACGAGCUAAAGUUACUUAGCACAAAUGAAAGUUAAAACAAAGACGUUUAGCAAACUGUUAAAGCACACAAACCAUCGUCAUUUGAGAAAUCCGACGCUAUGACUCUCCACAAGUUGUCCUUCAGGUCGUUAUCUUUGUAAUGUUUGUGUUUUUUAUCAUAAACCACUCUGUUCUCCGACACGUAAACAAUCAGCCGGUCGGCCAUGUUGGAUAUACCAGUGAAUCAGAUGUCGCAACAACACGAAAUCUGAUUGGUAAGAAGUGGACAUACAGAAUGCGAAACUUUAGAAAAUUCGGCUGUGAUACGAAAAAAUAAAUGCCGCAAUAUCGCAGGAUGGGAAAACGUUGCUGAUGUGUGAACUAACUUCUUUGUGGUAUUUACAUGAAAAAAACAUUUGUUGCCCAGGCUUUUUAUGCGCAUAUUUGCCCCUAAAUACAUUUUACAAUUCGCACACAUCUAUUUUUAGUCGCAGAUGCAAAACGGUCACACUGUCGAGCCCUGUAAUGUCAAAUUGGAUGAUGACUUUUGGCUGAGUUAGGUCCAGUAACUUCAACACACUGCCAAAGUUUUAUUGGGGAAAGCUUUUCAAAACGAAACAAGCCAGCUUCAUUUAUUGAGCACAUUUCAUACAGCGAGGAAAGGCAAAAUUAUUUCCCAACAUUACCAGGGGUGAAAGAUCUAAACUCAUUAAAAAAUUAAUGGAAAGUCGUGGCAAGAGCUGUACACAGUCAAAAUAAUUGAAACAAGUUUGAAAACACAGGCUUACAGGAGCCGUGCUGCCCCAACUCUUUUGACCUCUCGCUCACAAUAUUGAAACCCGCUCUGAAAUAUUUGUCUCUUUAAUGCAUGCUGUAUACAAAUGUUGAAAGAGCCUCCAGCUGACUUGAUAGCUGUGCGUCCUUCAGCUGGAGAGGUUUCGUCAAACAUCACUCACUGUGAAUCCAACAUCCAACCUUUUCAAACGCUCCUCUUUCCUCUCUUUGUCUUUAUCUUCACACCUAGCUGAGGUGUAAAUACGCUCCAUCCACCUUGAAGCGCAGACUUAAAUCACACAUCUGCUCUUGUCAAACACUCAGCCCCCCCCUCCUCCUGACUUCACCCUCGGUCGUUACCUGAGCUGCCAUUAUUCUCCGCAGCCGUCUGUAAAUUGUCCCCUUCAUAACAGCUUUUCUUUUUCUGCUUUGACAUCUGCCGACUCAGAUUAGCAGGCUUCUCCGGCUCCUGUGAAAUCUUCUACGUGCCUCAGGAUCAUUAGCGAGUAAUAAUGAUGGCUGUGAAGACUAAUGGCAUCUGCAAGGGGUGUGCGUAUGCGUGUUUUGUGUUGAUGUGUGUGUCCUGCCUCGUCCUUCCCCUCCUAUUAAGUAGUGAAUACGAAGCAGGGCCAAGGUGAGAGAGCAGGAAGAGGAGAGAGACAAGAGAAGAACAAAUUAGUGUUUCUUUUCUACUCCUGCUGCUCUCUCUCCCCCUCCCUGCUGCUGUCACACUUUCUCCUUCUCUUUUCCCCCACCUUGCCCCUCCUCCCCCCUUUUUGCCCCCUCUCUCUCUCUCUCACCCCUUCUCGCCUUGCAUUUGCGGCUCCAUUUUGCGUCAGCUGCAGCCGAGCAGGCAGCCAUUGCACAGGGAGGGGAGUAAAAAAAAAAAAAUCAGUUGCCUCUUUAUCUGCCUCUCUUAAGCCGUUCCAUAGCCUUGCCCUUUUUUUCUAUGAUCUAUUUAUCCUUUAUUCACGGAGGUAUUUCUCCAGAGAUUGGAAAAAAAAUCUAUUUUUCAGCAGAGAUCUUAUCAGUUUGUGCAGUUCACACAGCAUCCUUCCCCUCCCCUCUUCUUUCGGCUAAGAUCAGGCUUUGUGUGCAGCAGAGAGCAAGCGUACAGUAGUGUGUGGCAAUAACAGAUGGCUGUGCAUGUGUGUGUGUGUUUGAGUGUGCACGCGUGUGUAUGUGUGCAGUAACACCACUAUGUGUCUGACUCUCUGACUCUGUGUCGGAUGGGUAAUCUCCCGUGUGACAUAAUCAUAAUCUGGUUAAACCAGACGGCUACAGUUGGCCUCAAGGCUGUCCCACAUUACAAGGCCAGGGCUCUUUGGUCUCAGUAUGUAUGGAGGCCGGUCCUGGCAGCGUGAAAAAGUACAAUUAUUGUCUCUGGUGGUUUAGCUUGUAGCUUUGGCCCAGAGAGGCCGAUUGUGGUUCAAGCUCUAAAGUCAGCCUCUGGUUGGCCUUUAUGUGGAGAGGUUUUUAAAGGCACAAGAGCAUGCUGGAUCUUUUCAGUCCUUCUUUAUAGACUUGGACAGCAGUAGUGCUGUUGGUUUGAGCUUUGAUUCAAAGUUCAGAAAUUAGUCGAACUAAUGAGGAAUGCAGACUUUUUUCACAAGUUGUACCAGGGCUUGACUCUAACUUACUUGAAAAAGUAAGAAGCACACAAAGAACUUUAGGGGUGCGAUAAAAAUUGAUCAAAUAAUGUGUGUCUUAUUGUCCAACCGUAGUACUGUUAUUUGAAAUCAAUUUAAGGUCAAUUGGUCAACAGCCCAUUCUGAGAACAUCAACCGGUCAUUUAUUGAUGGUCCCUUAUUCAACACCCGACGUUGACAGUGAGGAUACCGAGUAGAUUUAACUGCGCUGCUGUUGCUAUUCCUGGUUACGGAGAGUGAAAAGACACUGGUAGAUCCGCAGUGAAUGUCCGUUGAAUAUCUAACCUAAAACUUGCUUCUCUGCGGUAUUUACAGGAAAAAACAUCUGUUGACUCGGCUGAUUUUUUUAUGCGCACAUGUGCCCCUAAAUACAUUUUGCAAUUCGCACACAUCCAUUUUUGAGUUGCAAAUGGGAGUGAAACGGUUGCACUGUCGAGCCCUGAGUACCGGGUUGUUAUUCAAAUGAGGACUGCAGGUUCUGUCCACUACUGGUUUAAUUUGUUUGUUGUGUGUUUUUAGGCCUCAGCAAGCCACUGUUUGUGGUUAAAAUACCAGUUUCUGCUCGACCGACAGUUAGCUGCCAGCAACUAAGAGCCAGGUAUCUCAUAAGAGCAGGUGGAGGGCAAAGAUGGAGGUGAUUAUAAAAACAAACAAAUAAAAAGCUCAAAUUUUAUUCCUCAGUGGAUGAUGCAUCGUCAUCAAUGGGAAAACUGGAGCUCUCAAAGCUCUGCACUUUUGCAGAUGACGUUCAUUAACUUAGAAGAAACCCUAAUAACAGAGAAAGCGAGAAAUUGUGAAGUCAAGUGAGCCACUGCUAGAAUGGGACGUUUGCCCUCGGUGCGCUUAGUCACAGAAAUGCUCCAACUUCUUGUUUGUUGAUGGUUAUAAGAGCAGCAUGUUUGGCGUGUGCAGAUCAUGCAGGCUGCUGUGUCAUACUCUACUUUUGGUUCCUUUUUACAGGCAGAUCAGUUCUGCCUGAUCCCCCACCAUAUCUCUCCAUGUUGGGUUUGCAUCUGUCUUUGUAUUCUGUAGACAUUUCUCUUAAGUAACUUCUCAUCCAAAACUUUGACAUCAGGAAAGUUGAUAUAGUCAUAUCUGCUCAGGAAACUAGUUUGCCUUUAAUCUUAAAGUCGCAACGGCAAACCCAACUCGACCCAAUCAUGCAAAAUUCCUGUUUCACUUUCAACACAAGUCUGAACUUUAUGCUUUCAUGUUAGAGAGGCAUAGCAUACACACUGACAUUUUUGCAACCUCCUCUAAAUCACAGAAAUAAAAGGUUAAAUUCGUUUGUUAUCACAGAAUAAAGCAGCACAUGCUUUCAAAGUAAACACUCAUAUCAGAUCUGUCCAUACAUUUUUUACCCCCCAGCCUGCUGAGACUGGAGCAAAGAGGUGUUAAACCCUCUUCCAAUAAAAUGUUCCAGCAGUCCCUCUGUGCAUUCUCAAUGUUCAGUCAUGCCAACUGCAUGGAUAAUUAAAUGAACAUCCGCUUUGCAUACAGCAUCUGACUAGAUAGGAACACAACAACUGGAGCCCACUCGCUCGCUGUUAUUCAGCGCAUGUGUACCGUCUGCUGCUCUUAAACUAGCGGCUAAGAUUAUUACAUUAAAUGAUGAAAACAAGAGGGAAAGUGUCAGAAGUUAUGCACUCAGACAUUUCAGAACUUUAUAAGGAUGUGAGGCAGAACAAAAAUCCAGUAUUCACUUUAAAUUGGCCUCGAAGAUCCAUAUAAGAGCUGUUCUGCUGUUCCUCAUUGAAUAGAGUCCUGGGUUUAUUACUUAAGGUAAUAUGAACAGAAAUAUACAAGGACGGAAAUUGACACAGAAGCGGCCUUGAAGGAAAGCAAAACAUCCUGAGCUGUAGUCCUCUGAUUUGGUGACAUGGUUUAAAAAUUAUUUUAUGGGAUAUAACUCUGUGUUUGUAUCCCUCAGAUUAAUGAUUGUUCCCCCCCAUAACAUAGAGAUGCCCCCUUGAAAAGGCAAAAAUAUAAGGGCAAAGUCUCUUUGUGAAGCUUCUCAGCAGGCACAGCACAUCCAGUGAGGGGGGCUGUGAGCUGAGCUCCCCUUAACGUCCAAAUAACUGAUUUAAUUUCACGUGAACAUAGAAAUGCCCCCUUGAAAAGGCAGAAAUAUAAGGGCAAGGUCUAUUUGUAAAGCUUCCCAGCAGGCACAGCACAUCCAGUGAGGGGGGCUGUGAGCUGAGCUGCCACUGACAUCCAAAUAACUGAUUUAAUUUCACGUGUUUCCUUUUGGAGAAAGAGAAACCAAAGUAGGGGUGUCCCAGUACAACUUUUUUACUUCUGAUAUGAUAGCCAUAUUGUAGCCUUCAGUAUUGGCCGAUAUCAAUAUUGGUACAAAAUUGAGCAUGACAAGUUUUGCACUCAGCUGCAAUGUCUUUUUCUGACUUAAACGUAUAAUACUGCCACAAGACCAACAUCACUCCUACUCCUUGCUACUUAGUUAGUACUUUUGUACGCACAGUUGUUGUGAUCACGUGGGCUCUGCAUGCCGGAUCUGGGUGCUGCUGGAUAGAGGUGCCGGAAUGGAGUCUGGAAUGGACUGAUUGUAUUGGAGAUUUUAGAUGCAGGUCAAUAUAAUCCGUUAUUUAUCUUUUUUUGCUGAUAUCAGACAUAUAUCAAUAUCGUAUUGGGACACCCCUAAACCAAAGUUCACUUUGUUUCAAUGUUCAGUGCAAACAUAGCAUCCCAAACCCUGACUAUUAUACACAAUAGCUUGGUGCAUGUUAAAAUACUGGCUGUCUUUUGAUCAAAACAGUGUCUAACUGACCUUUUAAGGCGGUUCAAGUUAGAUGCAAUAUGUUUAUCAAAAUUUCCUCCCCUGAGAGCAUCUGUUUCUUUCCACACGUCCCAUACUUUGACAGGAUUAAGUGGUAUUCAUCCUUCUGUAUUUUUCUUUGAUAUAUUUCGUAGGUCUGCCGGUCUUUUUCAAUCAGAUACCAGCAUGUAAAAUAAGCACCAGCUUAUCUGAUACAGCAGGACUCCUGGCUUGAAGCAUCUUUGGCAAAAGCAUAGCCUGUGCUCGGUUUAACAAGCAGGGAGGUCUGGGGUGUCUGAAAUAUUUAAAGAUGGCAUGUUUUACUAAUCAUUCUGUUGCACCUCGUUGGCCCUGCAGCCUCAGAGUGUGAACGCCGAGCAGCUAAUUCAGAGCUGAACUGCUGACUGGAUGCUGGCCAAAGGCUGGAGUGUUUUACACAACUUAAACAUCCUCAGAUUUACCCAUUUUCCUGCGCUGAUUUAUGAUGACAGGCACCAUAAUAGUAGAUUCAAUUAUGGAAGUGCAUCAUAUGUCAGUUAGAAACACUUCAGACUGUUCACAGUGCUGCUAAGUCAUUCUAUUGAGUGAGUAGCCUCUCUUAAUUAUAUUUAUGUCCUAGCUUACAGCUUCUCACUGAGUCUUACAAGCGUAAUGCACACGACCUUGGCGAGUUUAUUUAAUACAGUCCAUGAUUUAAAACCUGAGUGUAGCUGUGAAAGCGAUGUUUUGAGGUCAUGAGUUUAGGACUUCUUUACAAAGAGAUUUGACUCUUUAAGUCAUAAGAAUCUGAUCAAAAUUCUGUAUGUGCUGUGAAAGAAAAGGUUUUUACCCAAGUCAGCAUUGAUCACUCUUCCUGAAUCAGUCCUCCGCUCAGACUGCACGUGCAGCUGGCUGAUUUGAUUGCAGGCUGUUUGUCAUAUUUAAAGUGCUGUGAUUUACUUUGCAACACGUACUGAGGGUGUCUCCGGGCUGUUUGACAGCCAAUCCAGAUGGAUUAGACACUUACACACUUUCAUCUUGUCUGCUAAGGUUUCACCUUAUUAGUGUUUGCUGAAAACACCAAUUCAUUCAGACAUCAGCCUUUUGAAGGAAUUUAAACACAUUUUAUCAUUCCUGUUUCCUGCAUGCAAAUCAAGGCAGCACAGUAAGAGUAGGUCAAUAAUGUCAAUAUUAAAAGUUAUUAAUUUAAAGGACAUUUUUAUUAAAUCCUUUAACAAAUAAAAACACGAACAUGAUGAGAAGAUAAAACCUCGGCAGUGAAAAUUACUCUGUGCUCACACUGUCCCUCUGCUUUACUAACACACAUCGCCUCAUCCUUCUCUUCUCAGCCCUUUUUCAACCCUGCAGAACUUGUUUAAAUAGGGUAAUGCAAGCAAAGCAUGCAUUUUAAAGUAGGGGUGGGAGAAAAAAUUGAUACAGCAUAGAAUUGCGAUAUUUUGUCUGAUGAUAAUGUAUCGUCUUAUUUACCAAAUCAAUUUUUCAAAUUAAUUGCUAAUAUGAAGUCAAAUGUAUGAUAAUGGAAAAAUAAAAUCAACUGUUUGUCCAGUAAGGUUGGCAGAGGUGACACCAUAAAGCAGGAGAAAGUUAGUACAACAAAUACAUAUAAGGUUUGCAAGAUGUGCGCCAUGAAACCAAAAUAGUGUGUAAAUAAGACAAACGUAAAGGAUAAAUGCUAAAUUGAAUCAAAAGUUGUAAAAAUUGUAUAAAUCACAAUACAUUUUAUCCCAAUACUCACUUUAUCGCCAAAUGUUAAAAAUCGCAAUAAUAUCGUAUUGUGGCCCAAGUAUCGCGAUAAUAUCGUAUCGUGGGGCCACUAGUUUAAAUGGUAAUCACAGUCACAUGAGUUAGUAUAUUAAUAUUAUUUAUUUAAACGACAUUUUUAUUCAAUUCAUUUAACAAAUAAAAACAAACAUGAUUAUGAGACAAAAGCUCUGCAGCGAAAAUCACUCUGCUCACUCUGUCCCUCUGCUUUACUAACACACAUCGCCUCAAAUAGGGUAUUACAAGCAAAACAUGCAUUUGAAAGUGUCAAUAACUUCUAUUAAUCAUGUUUCUGUGAUCAAAGGAAAGUCAAAAUGUAUUAAUCAUGCAGCUCUAGUUGAGAGAGAGUUCAUGUUUUCAGUCUAGUCCGUGACUUCGCCUGCAGACUGGAGGAUAAACCGUCUUGUUUUCCUGUCACAGGAUGAUCCCUGAGGCCAGCAGGUCUACAUAGCCUCAAGUCCAAUCCAUUUAAAUCCAUCGGGGUUAAACCAGUCGACUGCCCUCAGGCAUUCAGGGUUCAAACCGUGACACUGCCGCAGUUCUCCGCAGGGACAAACCAGGAAUGAUUGAAGAGUAGAGACACCUCUCUCACUGCCAUAAAGUGCGGUGGUAAAAGUACACAGAGGAGGCCUCAGUGUGCCAGCCAGGAGAGGAGAUAAAAGCAUGGUUUAUAGUUACAGAUAACAGCUCAGGAUGAUUCGGGUCAAUCCUUUGCAGGCAGAGACUGUCAAAAUAAAUCCUUUUACGAGAGUAAUGAAAUAUUGAAUGAAUAAUCUUGUAAAUGGCCGUUGAGCGGAAAAUUACAUCACUUGAGGUCUGUAUUGGCCAUGUUGCUACGGAAACCAACCUGAAAAAGUCAAGUGCUUAACAUCUAUAUUUUACAGAAAUUGGCUUCUUUUUUCAGAUUGUAAGAGUUGAACUUGUGAAAAUAGUUAUUGAAACCGCUUUGAAUGCAAUCACACAGAGAGGAGAGGAGAAGGUGAGAAAGUUUGAUCUACUUCAGCCAAAGCUCAACGUGAAAUCAGCUCAGAGAGUUGGCAGCUCGAGUGUGUGAGGACGAAGUUAAGCAGCUUUAGCUGGUGUCAGUCUGUCAGGACUCUGCAGGGCAGUACGAGUGCUGUGGCUGUGGAAUAAAGAGAAAAUAAUAGUGCCCUGGUUUCCUCCUCUCUUAUCUCUUUGAGCACUGUCUUGUUUUUGGACUUGAAACAGUUCAUUAAGUGAUGAAGUGGGUAACGGCUGAGUUUAUUUUUAACUCUUUUACAUCCGUAGCAGGACAGGGACAGGAGUUGUAGUGUCUUGCCCCUGAGCGUGUGUUCUGGGUCAUGACUUAGAGUCUCUGUAUGGCUCUGUAUGUCACAUCAAAUGUACGACUUUGUGCAUUUGAAGAACUGAAGCACACUAGAAAAGACAAGGAGGGAGCGUAGUCCCUGCAGUUCGCAGUCAUGUCGUUAUCUCGAGUGUGACUGCUCUCUUUAAUUCAAGUUUAUUUAUUUACUUUUGAAGAUUUUAAAGAACACUUUUUUACUCUUUUCCACAUAAAGUUGCUGCAAAGAACUUCCAAGUUGUGUUGACUCUCGAGACCCCCUUUGGAUGUAAUUGGUAAUGUCUUUUAUGGAAUAAGGACUGCAUUUCCCAUGAGCACCAUCAACCACUGUCAUGAAGAUGUUGCUGUUGUUGUGAAAGCAAAAGAGCUGAGUACAGAUCAUCUUUAAACUACUUUGAGUGAUCAGGUUAGUGGUAGGAAUGGAAAACCAGUUCCAACCAGUUAUUACCGUUCUUUUCUCCGCAUCUUCCAUUGAGUUUUACAAGCCUCUCAAAACAACCUGACACAAUAGUGAAAGAUUGCUAAGAGGUUAUAUUGCUAGUCCCGCUCAAGUGUUAGCCUUUAUUACGGAAACUUUGUCCCAAAGACAGACACAAAAAUCCAGCAAAAAAGAAACAACCAAUCCUGUCCCCGAUAAUCUUAUUCAACCAUGAAGGUCAAGCCAGUAUAGGAAGCGUUCACUCUGCAGAUCUCACAUUAUCAACGUACUCAGGACAACCAGCACAAACCAGGCAGCUGUAAAAUCAGGAUCCUACAGUGAGCUGCACAUACAGUUGUAUCUUAUUCAAAAUGAAAUUAGACAGUGAUAAAGGGCGAUAAAGCAGCAAAGAAGCAUAAGAUCAUGAAGGGUUCAACUUGACAUUUCAAAAAAUCAGUUUUUGGGUUGACAGAAUAUUAAAUGUCAAGUAUCUUACAUGUAAGUGAUAAUUUACCAGGUGAUAGUGAAUGAAAGGUCUUUGGGUUUAAACCGUUGCAAAGACAGAGUCUGUUGACAGACUACAAAUCAAAAUAGAUCAGUCCCAAUUGGCAGUGGGAUAUGAAGUUGAAAUAUGUACCAAAACACGGUGAGUAGUAGCCAGUCGAGCUGCUCUACAGAGUGAAAAUGAUGCACGAGAUUGAGAGAAAUGCAGUAGGGCUAUAGUUUUGAAAUGGGUCAUGCUUGUACCACAGAUAGUCAUUCUCACAUUAAUAAAAGCUAUUUUUAUGUUUCCGCAAGCGUUCAAUCUGCUGCUGGGAAACUAUGAAAUUUGAGAAGACUCGGGGAUAAAAUUAGAGGGUUUCCUCUAUUAUUUUGGAUUAAAAAACCGCAAGUCUAAGAAAAGAUUCGCUUGCAGAUUAAGUGAGCUGGACAGAAGCUAAAUGGAAAAUGAAAUGACUUCCUUUCCUAUCAUGGUCGUCGAAGUGUGCACUUUUUCCGUUUCAAGUCUCCUGGCAGAAUUUAGCUCUGAGUAUAUUCCUGAAUCUGAACUCUUCUGUAUCUGCUUUUGCUGGUUUAGAGCAGUUAGAGGAUCCUUUAUGCUUCAUAGCAUGUAAAACUGACCUGUACCAGACUGCUCGAUAGAUGGAAACACAGCUUUCUUUGUGUUUCUGCACUUUGAUGAGAUUUGUGCAAGCCGCCUACCACCUACUACUUCAAGUCACAAACACUGUGAAAACAGGCGAACUGAUUAACAUAACUGUAAAAUGGAUUGACUUGUUCACAGCUGGCUUUGUCAAUCCAGGCACAGCACAGGGGAUCAGAUUAAUGAGCCCAGAGACAUCUGUUAUUGUCCCCUUAAGCUGGUGUAAUUUCCAAUCUUACAAGUCUCAUGUUUACCUCUGUUUGGUGUCAUUCCCUAACCCUGCGUAAGGCAUGUACAUACUGGCCUCACAGGUGGCCCACUGGGAAGCAUUAAUCCUCAGAUUUACAGGAUCACUGUCUCAUAUCCACGAAUAUUGACUGCAGAGACAGAAAUAGCUCACCAAUCUCAAUUGGAUUUAUGAAGGGCAGUGUAUACUUACAUACAAGAACAUGUUUUGUAUCUGGGAAACUGUAGGCUUUUGUAUUUUACAGUCCUUUACUGUAGUAGUGUUUUUAGGUUGAUUGAAGUCUUGUGGUUUUUCAGACUCAGUGGUGCGUGGAUGCGUCAGGCUUGUACUUCACUGGGUCUCUAGAGAUGAUGGCUAAUUAGAGCAGGUUACAGUUGUCAGAAGAACUGACCAACAGGGACCGCAGCUGUGAGAAGGUGUUUGUGAGCCGGGGUUUACAGGAGAAUGAAUGUGACUAUUGGUUUAGAAGUCCUCUGAACAAAGUGUGUAAAGGCUGUAUAUGUACCAUGCCAUAUAUGUGCAUGUAGGUAGUCAAUAUGUUGAGCCAUUUAGCUGCAGUGUCACCAUUAAAAAUGACCCCACACUCUCUGAUCUCCCUGUUGAAGCGGGCAGAGAGGAUUCCUCCGAGGAAACAACACAAACUAAUGAGCUUUUCUGCAUUUUCCUUCAUGCCAAGGAAGAGGAUAUCUGUGUUUAUGAUGUAAGGGUUUAAUGGUUAGUUGUCAGACAAUAAAAUAAAUAAAUGAUGAAUGAUUUUUGUCACUUUUGGAGCACAAGUUAUCAAAUGUUUGCUCGUUUCAGAGUCCUAACCUCAUGGAUUUGUUUCAUGUCUUUUUCGAAGUGAUAAUGAGGUCUGAGCUCUGGGCUGUUGAUGAACAAAUAAGCAGGUUAAAGCUCUGGUAUGACAGUUCUUUGCUAUUUAGAUUUGCAUUUUACAGUUUAGAUGAUAAAUCAAUCAUCAGGGGCUAGGGUUGCAAAGGGGCAGAACAUUUCUGGUAAAUUUCCAGAAACUUUCCAUGAAAAGUUGGGGAAUUUUGGAAAUAUUCCAAAUUGGAAACUUUCCAUGGGAAUUAUGGGAAUUUAUGGGAAUUAUUGGGAUUUAUGGGAAUUAACUGGGAAUUAGGGGUAAUAUAAACUAACUGUAUCAUAUCUUAAAAUAAAUGUAAAUAUUUUGGUUUUGUCAUGAGCAGACAUCCAAGCAAACAUGACAUUUCAACAGAUUUAUUUGAGUGGUGAUGGCGAUUUAGCCAAGAUUAUGCUACAGUAUAUUUUCCCCAACUAUAUUGAAGUUCCCUGUUGAGGGCCAACCUUCAAUUUUGAAAAUUUCCGGUUUAUUCCUGUUAAUUCCCAUGGAAAGUUUCCAACUUUGAAAAUUUCUGGAAUUUUGCAACCCUAUCAGGGGCGUAUCCAGAGAGGGGGCACUGCUCUCUUAAAAAUCUGAUGGCCAACCCUAAUCCUCAUGAUUGGCUUUUAGUUCUGUCAAAAGUUGGAUUUGUGUUAAAAUCACUCAUUGGAGCCGUGUUGUAACAGUCUGUCACCUUCUUUGUACUUCAACUAUGCCUGCGUUAUUUCUUGUUUUGCUGUUUUAUCUUUCUCUGGCUAGUCUCAGUUUCGCUGUAAAUAUUGUUGGACAAAUAGGCUUCAUUUUAGCUAACUUUAAGAAUAUCACCACGAUAAAGCUAACUGUUUUCUUUCCAGCACUGAUUAAACCAUAGCAUGAUAAUUUUUACAUAAAAUCUGCAAUUAGACAUAAAACUAAUGACCACUUAUUGUAAAUAGCCCUUUAAAUUUAACAUUUUUGAAAGUGUUUAUUAGUUUUCAUGAGAGUUUCCUCUAAAUAUCACUCUCUUGUUCCUCUUCUGUUGGCAGGGAGUGACAUUUGAAGAGUAACAUUUGAAACACACGAAAAACGCCAGACUAUUUUCCCUUUAUCCUUUUUGGUUAAAUAGAAAUAAAGCAUUUUCUGCACAGUAUAAAAGCCUGGACUGACACUGAAAAGCAUCAGCUCUAAGAGGCUUUUUGCACAGCCAGAUUUUUGUCCUUCUGUGAGGUCUUUUUAAUUUUUUUGUUCUUUUCUUGCCAUGGAAGACCCUGGCACUGAAACUGAUUUAUCACUCUGAAUUACACCCAUUGAUUUUCAUCGCAUCGUUUCAUCACCUGCUGCACGCGUCAUACACAUCAGGCUGUGUCAUGCAUUUACUGCGCUGUAGCAUAACUCUGUAACAGUCUGACAUUGACUUUGUGUUAAAGCCCGGUGACAGAAGUUUGGCUCUGGAGAUUGUUUUUGCUCUGAGUAAACACCGACUUUAAAGCUGCUAGCACAAAAAACUCCACUAUAAUUCUGAGGAAAUCCUUUUCUUCAGUAUCUGUCUCCUAUUUGGGAUACUUGUUGAGAUUUAAAGCUUAUUCAUGCCACCUCUAAAACCCCAGUACAGUGUUGGAAAUACACAUUAGGGACUGUAUAAUAGCUGUUGCUUCAGGUGUCAGUAAUCAGAUGACUUUUACUUGCUUGAUAUUGCACACAUGGGAAGGUGUACAGCAGAAAUCCUCAAAUAACAAACAGUAUUUAUCUUUUUAACUCGAUGACGUGUUGUUGAAAAGUUCAACUUUUUCAGCUGUGCAGCUUUGUGCUCCGUCUUACUUGCCAGAUAAGUCUGUGUCGAGGUGUUGUUGAAACCAAUGAGGGGGCUGCGUGUUAUUUUUCCGUGUUGUUUGUCGCCUCAGGGGAAGUAACAGGUCUGUGUUUAAAAUAUGCAAGGAGCGGCAUUGUCGGGGGCGUAUUGUUCAGGUACCAUUUAGACAAUGAAACAAUGAAGGAGAGCUGUGUGGUGAUAUUAGUUCUUGAAACCCCGCACAGAUUUACAAAGCAGCGUCCUGGGAUUGUGCACAUGCAUAUCUUAGACAGGCUGUUGCAGGGUCUUCUUGGCUUUGAUGGCCUUGUGAAAAUUUUGCCGAGGUUAGACAGUCAGCUGCAAGGUGAGAAACCCCGUGUUUGCAACUAGAGCUGCUCAUUUCACCAUUAUUGCUCUGAGCAUACUCAAAAAAUACUUUUUAAGUUACUGCAAUGAAUGAAAACACUGCAUCAUGUAAACUACGAAUGCUCUCUCACUCAUCAUGCAAACACUUGACGUGAUUUUCUUAAUAUGGAGUAGAGUUGGGCGGUAUGACGGUAUAAACCGUGCGAUGGUAUAAAAAUGUCUACUGCUAGAAAUUUUACUAUUCCGUCAUACCGGGGGAGAGAGCAGAUGUCUGCUUCAUCUCUCUGAGUCAGUGUGUAGUUGUCUGCACUCGCUAACAGGAAAGCUAAGGAGUGUCUGUUUGGGUGCAUUUCCUUAUAUUCACCAGCGUGUCCAGCAGACUGCUUGGCGUAGUUUUGACGAAGAAGAAACAGCUUCACUGAUGGUGGUCAUGGUGGACGAGGAGAUUAGCGGCAGUACCGAGCAAACGAAGGCUGCCCGACCCACCCAACAUGAGGAAGAGGAGGAGGGACUCGCUCUGAGAAAGGGGGCGAAUAGUGACAUCGGUUGUCUGGAGAUUCUUCAGAUUUAGAAAAGAGUGUUGUGUUGCUGUCGUUGCUGGUGGUGGAAACAGUAUCAACUUCUUCUACCACCUAAAGAUGAAACACGCCAAGCUCUAUCAUGAGAGCCGAAAGAUGCGUAGCACACCUGCUGCACCAAAAACUAAAGCUGAAGCAGCUCCUCUCAUACAAAAGAGUUUGGCAGAGUCUUUCACUAAAGCUACGCCAUAUGAUAAAAAAAUCACCAGACUGGUCUGACAUUAUGUUUGCAUUUGUUUACAAAUCUGAGUUUAAAAAUAAAAGGAAAAAUGAACAAAUUUGACAGUAUGGUUAUUUUUAAGCCAUUAAUUGACUCACAGGGAAAAAACAUACCGUGAUAUAUACCGUUUCCGUGAUAUGAAAUUACUCAUAUGGCGAUAUAAGAUGUUGUUCAUACCGCCCAACACUAAUAUGGAGAUGUCUAAAAGCAUUUCAACUUUGAUCAGCUGACAUGUUCACAGGUCAGAAAACCCCUCAGAGAAAAAUCCAACUUGAGGACAAACUUGUUGAUGAGUGUGCCUAACAUUAGCAGAGCUAGCACCUCUAGCCGUCCACUUCACUGUAGUUAAAAAGUUCGGUUUGAACGGUUUAAGCAGAGUCUGAAUUGAAGUGUUAGUCCGAGUGGACUCCAUAAAUAUCAAACUGCUCUUUCACACCACAGGAGUCCUGUAAGAGGUUUAAAGAGGUCUUGAUUGGAUCUGUUACUGGUCCUGUUCUGUUUUUCCCCCCUCCCCUUCUUCUCGCCGUGGUCCCUCCUGUCUCCACUCAGCCAAUCAAAUCUGCCGUCACCGCCGGGCUUAUGACCCACGCCAGUUGCUAUAGCAACGCCGGCCUGCCUCCUGGAGAACAUGUCAUGCAUGUUAAGUGGUUCUCAGAUGCUCUCUCUGCCUUACGUUCUCUCUUAAGUCAUCACACACACACACACAUGCACACGCACGCGCAGCAGAGAUAGUUAACACAUGAGGGUUUGUUUUAGAGCUUCUGAAGCGGCACUUCUAACUGAUCCGACUUCCCCCAGAGUGUCUGCUUAAGAUUAGCGACAGCAGUUUUCAUGCAGGAUAUCUCAUCGCUUUAUGAAUUUCCCAGCCUUUUAUUAAAAGAGGAAAAAGUGCCGCACAAAGGUUUUGAGUUUUCGGUGUCUUGAGUGAGUGUGUGUGUUUGGAGGUGGAAAAGAAAACACUCUGAAAAGUUUCCCUGAAUGCAAGCGAAUACCUUUCAUUUUCAACUGUUGCUAUUUUUCUUUAAUGUCAUUCAAACCUGAAACCUGUCGUUCUGGCUCAUACUUGAGUACCUUUCAAAACUCAAUCCCAGCCCGUCAGAGCACAUAGUUUCCUCCAGACAGGUUUGAUUUUAUUUGGCUGUAAGCGCUCAGUGUUCCCCUAAUAAAGCCCGCAGACUUUCUGCUGGCUCUGUGUUUUUGACAGAAGCAGCGACAUAAAGUUUUAUUAUUCAAACUAAAUAUUUAUAUAAGGAUUAUUACGUUUUAUUAGAGCUCCUCCCCUCUUUAUAUGAGAGCCAGGAUGAAGUGCACAGACACAAACACAGUGUGUCCCGCCACCCGGACUGUCAGUGUGAAUGUUUUGAAAUCCUUCAAGCAGAGAGGCUGACCUCCAAAGAGACAACAGCCGAACCCUAGUCUGCACUCUUUUCUCUUUUACUCCCAUCAGUCUGACUGCUUUGGCUCUGCAAAUUAGUAGAAUAGACUAGAAUAGACAUGUCUCAUACUAGAAUAGACAUGUCCCAAACUAGAAUAGACCUGUCUCAUACUAGAAUAGACAUGUCUUUCACUAGAAUAGACAUGUCUUUUACUAGGAUAGACCUAUCUCAUACUAGAAUAGACAUGUCUUUCACUAGAAUAGACAUGUAUCUUACAAGAGUAGAAAUGUCUCUUACUAGAAUAGACAUGUCUCAUACUAGAAUAGACAUGUCACUUACUAGAAUAGACAUGUCUUUUACUAGAAUAGUUAUGUCUUUACUCGAAUAGACAUGCAUCUUACAAGAAUAGACAUGUCUCAUUCUAGAAUAGACAUGUCUUACACUAGAACAGACAUGUCUUACACUAGAACAGACAUGUCUUAUACUAGAAUGGACAUUUCCUUUACUAGAAUAGACAUGUCUUUUACUGUAAUAGACAUGUCUUUUACUAGAAGGGACAUGACUUUACAAGAAAAGAAACGCGUCUUACAAGAAUGGACAUGUCUCAUUCUAGCAUAGACAUGUCUUAUACUAGAAUAAAAAUGUCUUUUACUAGAAUAGACAUGUCUUAUACUAGAAUAAAAAUGUCUUUUACUAGAAUAGACAUGUCUCAUACUAGAAUAGACAUGUCUUAUACUAGAAUAGACAUGUCUCGUACUAGAAUAGACAUGUCUCGUACUAGAAUAGACAUGUCUCAUACUAGAAUAGACAUGUCUUAUACUAGAAUAGACAAGUCUCCUACUAGAAUAGACAUGUCUUUUACUGGAAUAGACAAGUCUCUUACUAGAAUAGACAUGUCUUAUACUAGAAUAGACAAGUCUCCUACUAGAAUAGACAUGUCUCAUACUAGAAUAGACAUGUCUUAUACUAGAAUAGACAAGUCUCCUACUGGAAUAGACAUGUCUUAUACUAGAAUAGACAUGUCUCAUACUAGAAUAGACAUGUCUUUUACUGGAAUAGACAAGUCUCUUACUAGAAUAGACAUGUCUUAUACUAGAAUAGACAUGUCUUUUACUGUUAGAUGUGGAGUUUUCUGAUUUGUCAUGACUGUCCUGUCUCUGCAUAAGUUUUGCAGCAUCUUCAUUUUUGAGGAUUUUGUGUUUAAUCAUCCAUCUCUCUAUAAUACCUGAUUAUUGUGUAUCAUAUUGUACAGCUUCUACCUCGACCCAGUCUUCCUUUUCUAUCUCAAUGAGCACCCCUGGUAAAAUAAUCGACUCAAAGUUUUUCAUGCGACAGUUCGCCUCUUUAAAAUGUGUGCCAAUACUAAUGAGGUUUCCCAGGUUUGCACUUUUUACCUGCAGCUCUUUCAUUUAAUGAGCUGAGUGGAGUCGCUCUACUUUGUCUUUUUUCUCCCUUGCACUGGUGACAAGUACUUCACUUACAAAAGCAGAUAUCUAAAGUCCUUUCAGUUCAUAAUGGCUCUGAAGUGAGCAGACUGCAGCUGAAACAAACACAUUCUAGGAUCCUCCUGUCUGUGCAGAUUUUGCAUAUGUGGCUUUCUGCCAUGUGUGGCUUUCUCCCACAGUUCAAAGACACACAGGUCAGGUUAAUUGGUCACUCUGAAUUGACAUGUAUGUGUGAAUGGGAGUGGGUCUGAUUGUUUAUUGACCAUGUGAUAGACUAAAACAUGUCCAGGGUGUGCCGCUCCUCUGGCCCCCCUUUCACCUGAACCUUGGAUGGAAUAAGCAGUAUGAUAACGACAGGAUGAAGAGAAAGAGAGAAAAUGCCCACAGUGCAAAGUCAACUUGUAGUUAGGAGUUGAACCAGCAACUGUUGCAACAAGGACAGUAGCCUCCUUUUGUUUAGCCUAACCGCAGGGAAAAACCUGCACCCAGGUGUCCCUAAGUUCCAUCUACGUUUUCUGUCCCCGCAUUUUUAAAAGUUAGGAUACAUUAAUUAUAGUUAGGGGGAUUUUGAGUACAUUUGGGUCUUGAUAUUUUCAGGAAGUUGCUGUCCCAUGGUGCACUUCACACCAUGUGACGUGCUCUCAAGACCCAGUAUACCAUGUUUUAUUCCACUGGGAGUCGUCUCCUGUUUUUGUUUGAAUGUGGUGCACUUAUGCUGCGUUGGAGUUACCUUGGAAGUCAGAAGUCCGAGCUAAAAAAGGCGUCACAACUGAGUUCCCAGCGUUUCAGUUACAGAGUCAGAAUAAAGCAAAACCAGAGGCCUGAAACAAGGUGGCUACAUCUACGAAAGUAAUAAUAACUUCCAUAGAUGUAGCCACCUUGUUUCUGGCCUCCAAUUUUGCUUUUUUCCGACUUGGACACUGAAACGCAGGAAACUCGCAUGUGACGUCAUUUUCAGCUCCGACAUCUGACUUCCGAGGUAACUCGAACGCAGCAUUAGCCGCUAGGGGUGGGAGAAAAAAUGGAUUGACAUAAGUAUCGUGGCUUUUUGUUUUACAAUUUUUUUAUUGAUUUUUAUGUAAAGAAAUCUUUUCUCUUGUUUUUUUCAAACCUAAAAAUAAAUCUUAAAAACUGACUUAAGGUCCUUUCACACCGGGACCAUUUUUUACGUGCGAUUAUUUCGGAGGUCAAUAUUUUUUUCAAAUCCGUAUCCUGUCAAUACAAGUGUUCACAUCAGCAACGUUUUCCCAUCCUGCGAUAUUGCGGCUUUUUUUUUCUUUCGGAUCACAGUCAAUUUUUCUAAAGUUUUGCAUACUGUGUGUCCACUUCUGACCAAUCAGAUUGCGUUAAAAAUGAAGACUGAAAGUCGACAAUAUCGUUGAAAUGCAAUUAAAAUCGAAUCGGCAUCCAAAAAAUCAUAGAUUUGAAUCGUCUCAGCCCUAUGAGUCACUGGUUCAUCCAGAUUCUUUCGAAAGACACCAACUGUGCUGGUCCUGGCUUCUAGCUGGUUUUCUUGUACUUGUGUGAUGGUGUAUCGUAGACCUUUUUGGACUUUGAACGGCCUGACAGGACGCUUGAACCGAGAUAACAAAAGACACACACUCACACAGAGCAGUGAAAAGCUCCUGAAGUGUCUCCACAUUCAUAACUCCUUACUCUCUUCAGGCAGCAGCAUGAUAUCCUUUUAAAAUCAGGAUUUAUUCAUCGGCAGACUUUGCCGUUGGAGUAAAUUUCAAAAUAAAAGCGAGAAACCGAAAAAAAAAAAAAAAAAACAAGUGUGAAGUGAUACAGUUGGCAGCUUUUAUUCUGGCCACAAAAACUGGAGAACAGUUCAGGAGACUCUCUGCAAAUUAUUCAUAGACCCCUGAAGAGACUGCUACAAUCUGUGUAUAAAUGUGUGUGUAUAAAUGUGUGUGUGUGAGAAAGAAAGAGAAAGUGCCAGUGAGUUGAGAGAACAAGGAAAGCCAAAGUGCGCUGAGGAUUAUUUAGUUGUUGGUCGAUAAUAAUGGGUCAGGCUUGCUCCCAGUUUCCACACACACACACACACAUACACACACGCACACGCAUUGUCACACACAUUUCCUCUUCCUCUCUUUCUGUGCAGCAGCUCAGGAGGACUUAGAAAAAAAAAGAAAAAGAAGCCAGACAAGGAUGAUUCAGAUGAAGUUGGCUUCUGUCCCUCCGGAGAAAGAUAAUCUGAUGAUGAAACGGGGACGCAGCAGAGGCAUGAUGGGUAAAAAUGAGAGCAAACAGCUGAGAUAUAACAGUUUGUGAAGUACAGCGGGAUGGUACAGGGAGGGGGAGGGGCUUCCCCCAGCGGUGAAGAGGGUAGAGUUAGCAGGCAGGACAGUGAUAAAAUUACAUAACAGUCCGACAUGUGGAGCUGCAGGGCUGUCACUUUAAAUCACUUUGGUGUCUACAGUUUGUGAUGUAUUCAUUAUUUUUAGAGCUGCUCUGCUGAUGAGUUUCCUCAAGUGUCAGAAAAUGUAAAAGCUCUCCGAACUACUCUGUGGAUUUAGUGUCUGGAGUCAGUCUCCCUAAUGGUGUGAAAUGUAGUCAAAGGGAAAUGAAGAUCAUUUAGGGUGUAAAUGGAAAACUAAAUGAGGAGUAAAUUAUUCAACUUGAGUAUAUUUGGUGAUUUUUUUUCUUCUCUCUGCUCUUUUAGAGGGAUCACUGAGACUUUUCCUCUCAUGAUAGUUUGUCUCUGACAGGAAUGUGUGUUCAGGCCCUCAGGCGUUUGUCUCCACAUUGUUUACCUCGACUGGAUUUGUGUUUGUUUAGUAAAUCAUUCCUGUAUUCCAGUGUAUUUUUGUAAGUUUCUCAGUGCAGUUUUUUUUUUAAUUUGCUCUUGGUUGUGAAGGGCAGAACAAGGGAAAUCAGUGUCUUCUUUACACCUGUUUGCACUUUACCGUAAAUACUGUGAAACUGGCCUCUACUUUUCAGUUGUUACAUGACUUUUUGUCAGGGAUGUGAAUUAGUGUUCAGAGAGAUUAUUAUCUCAUGUAGGGUGACCAUAUGUCCUCUUUUACCUGGACAUGUCCUCUUUUUGGGCAGGCUGUCUGGCUUGUCCAGGGGGUGAAAACAUUUUUUGUAGGAUGGUAGGGAAAGGUCCCGCCCUUGUUCGCCUCUGAUUGGCUGGAAGUGCUGCACUCCAAUUGGUUAUUCCUAAUGGCUGUGAAACGUCAUCGUCUGUUGGGUUAGGGUUAGUGUCUACCGUCACCUACUGUGUUUCCAGUGGCAACGUCACAACUAGGCCCGACCGAUUUAUCGGCGAGCUGAUUAUAUCGGCCAAUUUUAGCCUGUUUGAGACUGGUCGGUAAUUGGCCAAAAUUCGCCGAUUUUUGCAGAUAUUUUCAGAAAUAAAAUGUGGAGAGUUGAAAACGUUUUUAUGGUCGAAGUUUGGUUCAUGAUAAAUACAAGGAAUAUUACUGAGAUGAUCAGUCGGUCUUCCUGUUGGUGUCAAGAGCAGUAGCCUACAGUAUAUCGGGUGUUCCUCAUUUUUUACGAUGUAAGUGAGUUAGCUUUUUUUUUCUUUAUUUACAUAGGCUAUUUAUUUAAGAGGAUGAAAAGUGUGUGAGUUAGACAAGACGGAGUUUGACAAAAUAAUCAGACUCACACCCGCUACAGUCCGAAUAAUUAGCUGAAAAGAAUUAGUUUAUCAUCUGAAUUACAGUUAAAAUAAAUAGGCAGGGGUUAUUUUAGCAAUAAAGAGGAUUUGAAGGAAGUUUUCUGCCUUUAAUUCUUUGAAGAGGUGUUUGAAAGGCUCAAAAGCAGCCAUUUGUUAGAAAGAUAACCAAAUUUGUAGAUAUAUUACUUAAAUUAACAUGAUUUUAAAACUUCAUAAAAAUUUUAAAAAAUCAGCCGAUUAUUCGAUAAGGUUAUAGGUCAUGUCAGCAGAAAGCCAUAGUUGUACAGGGCAUAAGUAUUAUGUCAAAAGUUCAACAAAGUUACAGAAACCUCUUUGAUGGCCUGUGAUAUGAAGCCUUGGUUUUCAGUAGCAAAAAAGGAUAAAAGCCCCGACUUUUGUGGAUUUAGUUUUAGAUUAAUUUAAAUAGGAUUAGGCAAAUAAUCUCCUGUGGGAAGUUUGUUUCAAAAGGAUUAAAGACUUAAAUCUGAAAAAAAGAGAGUGGAAGUGUUAUCUAUAGUGUAAACGUUUCUGCAGCAUUUCCCAGUUCAGUCUUCUUUACCUGUUGAAAUGAGUCAGUGUCUUUUUACAAUCUUCUGGAAGUUUAAAUCCUCGAAAACUUAAGAUUUACUGUCAAGCUUUCAAGCCAAGUUUCAUAUGUUGCAAUGAACAUCUUCAGGUUGCACAGAAAGAUUUGAAAGCAGAUCGAUUUCAAGUGUAGCCUCAUGCAAUUUAAUAUUUCCAAGUUUUUAAAACACGGUGCUGCAGUCGUCCCGGUUGAUUUUCCUUCAACAAUUAUAUGAGCAGCCAUGUCAGCAAAUCUCUUUCCUUUUGCAGGUUUAACGUCUGCGCUGCAUGAAUAUCAAGUACCGAAAUCGAUCAGGAGCUCAUGCAUGAAAGCAGGUCAAAUCCCAGCUAUUAACACCCUCUGUGCCUCUGCGGGGCCCCGGCCUUUUUGAAGUUUGAGCUCAGAAGUGUGAAAAAGUCCAACUCGUAGUUUUAUCCCGGCAUCCUCUGAGGAGGCGCGCAGGUCUACCGACUCUGUGUUUGUAAAGACCCCGACCCUGUUCUCUCACAGCCUUACACUGUUUGCUCACCUGACUGACUGUGUGAAAACAGCGAGAGCCAGCUGUGUGUGUGUACGCGAGCGAGAGUGUGUGCAGCCUAAUGUGGUGAAACAGUGAGCUCUCCUGCCCGUGCUAUUCCUCAGUACAAACACUGUGUGGAAGACUGUAUUUAAAUACACACUCUCUUAGCCUGCCCCCUACUGUUGCCCAGACCUACUUUCAAACACACACGUAUACACUCACACACACUCUGGGGAAAAUAGGCCCUCAAAAACACAUCACACACACGCAGACCUGGACCAGAACUGAGCUGCGGGUUCAAUGAAGGCUAAAUGAUUUUUCCCAGCUCACCUCCCUCCUGUUAAAACUCAAUUAAGCAGUUUGGAGAAAGACUUUGGGCAGAGGACUUUGUGGAUCAUACUGCCCCCGGUGGCAGAGAGCGGCACUGCUCCAUGCUCUGCCCUUUGCUCUCAUUAGCAUAUGAACAGGUUAGUAACUAAUGUUUUAAUUAGCAUGGCUGUCAGUCAACUUAAUGAGAAAUUACCCUCACUCUCAGCUCUGGCUGCAGGGCAUUGUGGGAUUGUUUCACUGAGUUUGCAUCAUUCGAGGAACUUCAGAUUUUUUUUAUAUUUGAGGAAAAAGUCCCAUCUGUCUUUUUUAAUGCCAGUUUUUUCCUCAUACCAACAGUAUGAUUGACUCUUCACACCAGUGUCUAAUUUUGAAGUUAACACAUCUUUAUAAUUUUGUAGUUUUGAUUUCACAAACUUUAAAACGUCACAUUUUCAGCUUUUGUUUCUCUUAUUUAUUCGCAGAAGUUUACUUUAUUCGCACAUCUUUGUCAACUCAAAACUUUUCACAGUUUUUUUCUCAUAAAUUGCUGGAAAAUACACCCCUGUGCACAAGUUCUCCCUCAAUUUUUUGCCGUUGUAGUUCUCAAAGUGGCCAGUUGGUGUCCUCCUCUCCCCAUUUUCACCUCCAGGGUCUGAUCAACCGGAGUGAACGAUUGCACUGUCUCUCUUUGCUUUCAGUGACAUUUAACAAAUGUGUCACUUUGGACAGAGAGCACCGACGCAUCCCAGACGCUGAAGUUAUUUGUCCAGCUUCUUUUUAACCUCGGUCAGGUUCAGGUUACUUUAUUAAUACCCGGAGGUAGAUUUGGUAGAAGGUAGAAGUUACAGUACAAAUAUAAAACAACCACAAAACAGAACACAUGAUAAAAGCACCCCAAGGCUCCCCAGUCAGGACACAAGAGAGGGAGAAAAACGUCAAUACAUAAAGAAAUGCAAAUAAAUAACCCAAAUAAACAACUUCUGGUAAAAACAAGUUUAAAACCAACAUAAAUAAGUAAAUAAUACCUCCCCAGUAUGUGCCAAUUGUGCAAAACUAUGUGCAAAAUCUCUACUACUUGUUCACGUCAAUAAUAGCAGCAGGAACGAAGCUGUCUCUGUGACGUUUAGUUCUGCAUUUGGGGACUAGAACCCUCCGUCCAGAGGGAAGAAACUGGAACUCGCCGAGCAAAGGGCGGGAGUCGUCAUGUAGAAUAGAGAAAGCUACCUAAAUUUGUUUUUCACACGUCUAAAUAUCUGCUUCCUCUCUUUUUCCUUCCAGGUGGUGGAGAAAGUUAAGUGCCAGCAAGUCGAGUGCAACCCGCCCGCCCCGUCCAUCCUGGAGCCUCUCCUCCCUGCCCUUUCCUGAACUCCCCAUCCCCAGCCGAGCCGAUCUCGUACCUCCAUCUUUGAACCUGAAGUCAACGCACACGCAGACCGAGUUAAACACUUUUAAACUGCCACCCACGCUGACAGGAUGAUCACCUCAGAGCUCCCCGUCCUGCAGUGAGUGAAACCCACUGUUGACAGAAACAAGAGAAUUGCAGGGAAAGCUCAAACAGCACACCUAUCAUUGCUCUAAAAAUAUGUUCCUCCUCUGAAUCCAAGUGCAUGUUUAGGAGUUGGUGCUUAAAUUAAACUUUUAUAAACCUGCUUAUGACUGACUCACUUUUGUGUGCGCUCAAAUCCUUCAAACACGACUCCAGCUGCACCAAAAAUAACAAUUUCUUUCUGCUUUUUACAUUCCUGAAGAUCUUUAUUUGUCAUUUUAUCGAGUUUGAUUUCUUUUGUGUUUUUUGCUCACAAAAGGGACUCAUCCAACGAGUCUGGGGCGACAGAUGCAGUGGGCCUGAGCAUGAGCAUGAGUGAGAUUGAAGAUCCAGAGGUGAAAGGCAAGAAGAAGAGAGGGAGGCCUGGAAAGCAAACGCAGGUGAGAGUCGGCGGAGUGAAAGACAGAAAUGAAAAGUGGUGAUUUUUGUUUUCUCCGAUCACUCUUGAACUCCUGAGAAUUAAGCUUUGAAUGAUUCGAGUUCUUGGUUCCUGCAGACAUCCAAUAAGAAGCCUCGGAAGUCCCCGACAGAGAAGUCCGUGGGUGUAGCAAGAGGGCGAGGGAAAGCCAACGGUGUGGCUCAACAUAAUGGAGACGGAGGAGAUCCCGUCACUCUGUUUGAAGUGGUCAAACUGGGCAAGAGCGCCAUGCAGGUGCGUAAAAGAUGUUUGAAGAGUCUCGACCUGAAAUUUGAACAUGUCAGAUGUUUGAAGUGUUCAAUCAAACACCUGAUUUUCUCUGUGUGUCUGUAGUCUGUGGUGGAUGAGUGGAUCGAGUCCUACAAACAGGACAGAGACUUGGCCUUGUUGGACCUCAUCAACUUUUUCAUCCAGUGCUCAGGCUGCAAAGGUGAGACGUGUGAAAUUCCUGGAAGAUCUUGAGACAGCCGUGAUGAAUCCUAAUGUUAUAAUUUUUUUUAACCAGGCACUGUGAGGAUUGAGAUGUUCAGGAACAUGCAGAACGCCGAAAUCAUCCGCAAGAUGACCGAGGAGUUCGAUGAGGUAACUGCCGUCACAGAGUCCUGACUUAUAGGAUUUGCUUUAUUCUUGAGCGGUGCGAACAUAACCAAGUGUGGGGGUUGAGGUCGGAGCAGAAUUCAAGCGGUUUGGGCGCUGUAAUGUUUUAUUCAAAAGCUCAAAAUACAAAGUCUGAAGAGGAAGUCUGAAUGAAUCCCUUUCUCUGAACACUUUUUGUUUUCUUUGAAUAGGACAGCGGCGAUUAUCCUCUCACCAUGCCGGGGCCCAUGUGGAAGAAGUUCCGCUACAACUUCUGCGAGUUCAUCAGCGUGCUCAUCCGCCAGUGUCAGUACAGCAUCAUCUACGACGAGUACAUGAUGGACACGGUGAUCUCCCUCCUCACCGGGCUGUCCGACUCUCAAGUCCGAGCCUUUCGACACACCUCCACGUUAGCGGGUAAACGCCAGCUUUGUAAACUGCAACAGAAAACUUCAACAUGAACCACAUAAAAAGUCUGACCUUAUAUAUAUGUUGUUUUCUUUUAUUUGUGUGUGUCGCAGCGAUGAAGCUAAUGACAGCUCUGGUGAACGUGGCUCUGAACCUGAGCAUCCACCAGGACAACACUCAGAGACAGUACGAGGCCGAGAGGAACAAGAUCGCUGGGAAACGAGCCAAUGAGAAGCUGGAACUGCUGCUACAGAAAAGGAAGGAGGUUUGUGGACUGAAAGCCUUUUUUUUUUAAGGACAGAGCCUUUAAACUAGCACAGAGUGAGCAUUUAUAUCUUUUGUGGAGUCAAAAGUAAAACUAUAAAUGUUUUUAUUGUCUUCUGCAGCUCCAAGAAAACCAGGAUGAAAUCGAGAACAUGAUGAACUCCAUCUUCAAGGGAAUCUUUGUGCACCGAUACAGGUUUGCUGCUUCUUUUCAUCGUCACUGCUGACUUAGAUUUCAUCGCCUUUUUCCCUUUGUAAUCAUAACUUUCAUGGUCGUUCUGUUUCACAUUUUCCAGGGAUGCUAUCGCUGAAAUCCGAGCCAUCUGCAUUGAGGAGAUCGGCGUGUGGAUGAAGAUGUACAGCGACGCUUUCCUCAACGACAGCUACCUGAAGUAUGUCGGCUGGACGCUACACGACAGGGUGAGCUAAGAUCUAAAUGUUUCAUUGCAGCACUUAGACUUAGCCCUAGAUCUCUACUCCUUUCAUUUGUUCUUACCUGUGUCCUUUUUUUUAGCAAGGUGAGGUGCGUCUGAAGUGCCUGAAGGCUCUGCAGAACCUGUACACAAACCGAGAACUUUUCCCAAAGUUAGAGCUCUUCACCAACCGCUUUAAGGUAAACAAAAACGAACGCAAGUCCCGUGAGUACGAACAUGAUCUUCAGCAGUGAAACGGAGUAACGCUCAGAUGUCACGCUUUUUCGUUUCUGCAGGACCGUAUAGUAUCAAUGACACUGGAUAAAGAGUAUGAUGUGGCUGUUGAGGCCAUCAGGCUGGUCACACUCAUCUUGCAGUGAGUGACUUCAAGACUUUCUCCUUUUUCCUUUCAGCUCUGCCUUCAUCGUCUGUCCAGUUCAUUCAUUGAAAAAAAAAAAAACGGGCUCCUCUGUUUUUCAACCGGACGCACUUUUUGUGAUUUCAACUGAGCGGACUCAAGAAAUCCUUGUGUUUAGUGUAACUUAUUUUGACGAUCCGUUGUAGGGGCAGUGAAGACGCCUUGUCCAAUGAGGACUGUGAGAAUGUGUACCACCUGGUGUACUCGGCCCACAGACCCGUGGCCGUCGCCGCUGGAGAGUUCCUGCACAGAAAGUACGUCAGUCCUGGAAUCUGCUCGUGUCUAUUCCCCUUUGAAUACACACCUGAUCAUUUUCCUUCUCCCUCUCUGUCUUCUGCCCGUCAGGUUGUUCAGUCGUCAUGACCCGCAGGCGGAAGAAGCUCUAGCGAAGCGCAGAGGGAGGAGCAGUCCUAACGGGAACCUCAUCCGCAUGCUGGUGCUCUUCUUUCUGGAGAGCGAGGUAACAUCGACACUUAAUGAGGACAAUUAUACCUAAACUUGAACUUUAAAUUACUGCUCCUUCAAAAUUGAUGUUGUGUGAAAUUCAAUUGUUUUGUUUUUGCAUGAAGCUCCACGAGCACGCCGCCUACCUGGUGGACUCUCUGUGGGAAAGCUCUCAGGAGCUGCUGAAGGACUGGGAGUGUAUGACUGAACUUCUGCUGGAGGAGCCGGUGCAGGGAGAGGAGGGUAAGACCGGGAUGUGUUUCCCUUUUUUCAGCGACAUAACUCUGCAGCGGAAAACCAGCGAGAGGAUGAUGCAAUAAAAUCCUCCUCCUUGAAACUCUCUCUCUCUAGUCUGGUUUCUUUCAAUCUUUCUGUCUUGUUUUUGAGACUCGCUAACAGUCGGACUCCCCCUUUUUAUCUCCCUAACUUCUCCGGUCUGUCUCUGCAGUGUUGUCAGACAGACAGGAGAGCGCUCUGAUAGAACUGACUGUGUGCACCAUCCGACAGGCUGCAGAGGCACACCCACCUGUCGGCAGAGGCACCGGCAAACGGGUAAGCCAAGUUUACGCACACACUGAAAUUAUCCAACAGGAUAUUUACUACUUUUUAAAACCACAAAAGCUCAAGAAAAAGUCUCGGGUGCUCACUUUUUAUUUCUGCACAAGUGUUUUUCUUCAGUCCCUUUUUUUAACGUGUGGUCCUGCAGGUGCUGACAGCGAAGGAGAGGAAGACCCAGAUAGACGAUAAGAACAAACUGACCGAGCACUUCAUCAUGGCUCUGCCCAUGCUCCUGUCAAAGGUAAGACCUCUAUGAGAGCCAGUCUGCAGCAGAGAGGUCAGAGACGCUGAUAAACGACGGGAUUUGACUCAAGGAUAUUUGAUUAGGUUGUUAUUUAUGUGGAGUGAAGGCAGGCGAAGCUCGACUUGAACAGAAACAAACAGUUAUAGUUUAUUGAAGUCAUCUGUUUCUCAUUCGGUCCUCUCUGCAGUACCAAGCCGACUCGGAGAAGGUAGCCAACCUGCUGCAGAUCCCUCAGUUCUUCGACCUGGACGUGUACAGCGCCGGGCGUAUGGAGAAGCACCUGGACGCGCUGCUGAAGCAGAUCCGGCUGGUGGUGGAGAAGCACAUCGAGACGGACGUGCUGGAGGCCUGCAGUAAGACCUACAGCAUCCUCUGCUCCGAGGAGUACACCAUCAUGAACCGCGUGGACAUCGCCCGCUCGCAGCUCAUCGACGAGAUGACGGAUCGCUUCGCACACUCGGUGGAAGAGCUGCUACAGGAGGUAUGACGGGGUCCAAAAGAGGCACCUCAAGAAAGAUUCAAAAUUUGUUUGCAGUUUUUGUGUAUUAAUGUGUGUUUGUUCUUCUACAGGCCGAGGAGGCUGAUGAUGACGACAUCUACAACGUUUUAUCUACGCUCAAAAGACUCACUGCUUUCCACAAGUAAGCCUCUGUAAAAGCUCGAAAGAAAACUUCCAGAAAACAAACUCUGUGUCUUCACUCAUGCGGUUUCCUCUCAUCUCUCGCUUCAGCGCCCAUGACCUGACGCGGUGGGAUUUAUUCGGAAACUGUUACCGGCUGCUGAAGGCGGGCAUCGAGCAGGGCUCAAUGCCGGAGCAGAUCGCCGUUCAAGCCCUGCAGUGCUCCCACUACUCCAUCCUGUGGCAGCUGGUCAAGAUCACAGAGGGAGCCCCCAGCAAGGUGCGGCACACACCUCACUGACCAGAGCCUGAACUCUCCGAUCCCAGGUUCCUCCUCGUCCUUCACAGGCUUAGAGUUAAGACGGCUGUAUCUGAGCAGCCAUGUUGCCUAGCGGGAUGGGCGCUUAUCCGUAUCUCUGCAGGGAAGGUCAGCUUAGGUGGAAAGAUCGAUGAAAUUACUGGACAGGAUACCGAGCUCCCUCUCAGGGGCCUGUCCCCAAUCUAUACUGCUUAACACUCGAGCGCUGUGCUGAGGCUUUAAAGUGUGAGGUGGACCUAAGCCUAGAUCUCUGAGAGAGAUGAACCCUGAUCCACUGCUGGGACUCAUGUGUAGCGAUUUGAAAUGAGCCUCACAAGGCCGUACCAAAAUAGUACUGUAGCGAUUGGAAUUUAUAAUAAAUGUCUGAAGAUUAAUAAUCUCAAAUUAUGACAUUUAUGCACUCGUUGAAAGGGGCACCACCCACCCUUAAUGGUGGGAAAAUAAAGAAAACAAAAGUUUAAUUCAGAAAUCAAACAUCAAGUCAGUUUUAAUUAAUCAGUCUUAAUUAAUCAGUCUUAAUUAAUCAGUCUCAUAUCUUAAGUCGAAAUUCUAAUUUCAGGGACUCCACUUCUGGAAGAACACUAACAGACCAGAACUUAGAAAAAUAAUUAUCUGUUUAUUACAGGAUAAAUGAUGGUACAACACACAUGCAAUAAAUGAUGAUAAGAUAAUGAAGAUAAAUAAUAAUAGGUGAAUAAAUCAAGAUUCUGAGUCAGGCUAGGAGCACUAAAGUUAAUGAUAGUGAGUGAAUAUGCGCUAACAUAUUAACCUACACUAACUUUAGUGUCGAGAUAAACUCGGAUGUGGAUUUGGAGGAAUCUAAGAUUACCAGAAUAAGAGGAUAUCUGAGUUGAACGCAGGAGACAGCACCAGCCCUCUUUAGAGCUCUGGAGGUUUGCAUACUUAAGUGAGACUGGUCCUUGGAGAAGAUGGAGCAGGUUCCGAAGGUCCGGGCUACUGGCGGUUUGAGCGGUUCAGCUCAGAAGACGACUGAAGUCAGCCGAAGGAUGAGCCAGGAGUUGCAGCACUCAGGCCCGAAGCAAAAACCAGCGCCUGUGGAUCCUGUGGAUGCUCGUUUGGGUACUUCUUUAGUCUCACUCAAAAACUCUGGCACAGAGGAUGACCUGGGCCUGUUGGAUUGCGUUCGGAGGUGACUUUGAAAUCACGCAGAAAACUCAGAAAAACGAGGCUCGAAGAGCAGAGAAAACUUUCAAAAAUGGCUUCGCGAAAUUAAAGAAAAUCAAUCAAAGGCUUAAUCUUGAAUUGCUAUGUGCACAAAAAGUUGAAGUUUCAAAACUUGAACUAAGACGAUGUUAAAGAAAAAUCAACGUGAAUCAACACGUGGCGUAAAACUUAGAAGACUAAGAAAAAGUUCUAAGAGAAAACAAAGAAACGCACCACAGAAGGGUGUGGACAGAAGAGAAGGGGCAUAAGAGCCGGGGACAAGAGAGUCAGCAGAAGAGCAGAAGCAUAAGAGAGUGAGCAACCCCACUUCACUGGUUUUAUCUUCUCACACUGGGAGUGUCUCCGGGGUGUGUGUGAGGAGAAAGGAGGGGUCGUGGAAUCUCUGAUUAUUUGAUCUAACUUAUUCUUUUGGCUGGUAAAAGAGUCAGAUCUGAUACUCACUCACUAUGAUUAAUACCAUUGAAUGCUUGGUUUCGUGAUAAAUAAUUUGACACUAAACACAUAUGAAUGAAGUGUAGGAUCACUCUGAAAUGAAACAGAUAGUAACACCUGGAAACUGUGAACAACAAAAGAGUAAACACAUGUGAAUGAACUUCAUCAUGAUUAAUAAUGGAUUCUAAAUACUCACAUUAAGGUUAUUCAAUGACAUUAUAACCACCUAAUGGUUAAAAAUACUAAACAAACAACUACAAUAUAAACCAAACAUUUCUAAACUGUUUCUGUUACCUAGAGUUAAGUUAUGAUUCAUAGUCGAUAAAUUUAACUCUUAAAAGUUCAUGGAACAGUCUGAAAAGCUGUUGGUCUAAAGAAACUAAAGAGCGAUAACUCGGCUUCUGGAGCACAUAGAAAAACGGGAAACAUCUCAUUUUAACACAAAUUUCAUGAUUAGACAGAUUAGUACAUUGCUGAAUGCAUAAGAUGUCAUGAUCAGUCAUUUGUAUUCUUUCACCAAAGGAAUGUAGUCUUUAUCAGUGUAUGGUCGAGCAGGGUUUUACGACCGAGGUCUGGAGGUCAGUGUCCCCCCCUUUUCCUGGGGUCCGUAUGUUCACACACUUUAAGACGCUAAAUCUCAAAUGGGAGAUCUGGGUUGAGACGUUAAUGUUUAUUUAGAUGGUCAGUGAUGGAGUCAGUUUAAAAGGUAAUAAAAACUCUGUCUCUGUUCUCCGAAUCAACCAAUCAUGAAGAGCCAGAGGUUUAGUCAACCUCCGGUUGGGUCAGUAAUGGUAACCUGAAAGUGCAAACAAGUCUGGAAAGAUUUAUAUCCUGUUUCCUGGGACCAGAUAAGGAAACUUUCUGUGAGGAAUGUGUGAGAUUCACACCCAGGGUUGUCUUGAUUGCUACACAUGGCAGCUACUGUAGUAAUUUAAUUAGGAGGGUGGUCUUUUUAGCUUGAGUUUAAGAGCUCCACGCACCUGAGAUACAUCUGAAACUAUCUCAUCGGAGAGGUAAGAACGUGAAGUAAACACCGACAGUUAGAUCUGUGUGCACCCUUGGAGUCUAACCGUCUGAACAGAAAUGCUCAUUCAUGGUUGUGAAAGAAAAUUAACGACCAUAUUGACUCCAAACCGAUCAAUCCUGCUUCCUCAGCGCAGUCAGCUGUUGAUGAAUGAAAGCCAUCACACGUUCAUUUCUUUAAUGGCACCGUUAGUGCGGGGCGACACAUUUAACCUGACAAAUAACACCGUUCAGUAUCCAUUUCAGUUAAUGUGUUCAUUACUCCUAACACUUGAAUAAUGGUGUGUGUGUGUUUGUGUGUGUGUGUUUGGCUGCAGGACGACUUGGUGGCUCUCAGGAGAGUGGUGAAGUCGUUCCUGGCUGUGUGCCAGCAGUGCCUGUCCAACGUCAACACACCAGUCAAAGAGCAGGUAAAUGACACACACACCUGAUCGCUCUCUGAUUUUCUGUUUAUGUGUGAGCGUUACCGUCAGAAAUGUCACAAUAAUGUGCUUAUAGAUCCAGGAAAUUGACCUUUUAGUCGUUUUCUACUCGAUCUUAAGUCUUCAUUCGUGCCUCUCGUUUAGGCUUUCAUGCUUCUCUGCGACCUGCUGAUGAUCUUCAGUCACCAGCUGACGUCCGGCGGCAGGGAGGGCCUCCAACCACUUGUCUUCAACCCGGACAGCACCCUCCAGAACGAGCUGCUCAACUUCGUCCUGGACCACGUCUUUAUCGACCAGGAUGAUGAGAGCCAGAGCAUGGGUGAGGGAAAGAAAGUAGAAGAAAAAUGCUCCUGUCUUUGGCCUGAGCAACGAGUUAAUUAAUCAAAUAAUUCAUGAAUUUAUCGAAAAUGAGACCAUUUUUAACCCUCUGGGCUCCUAAAAAAAAGUUAAAUUUUCGUCCAUCUAAGGACCUAAAUUUAAUUUCAAAGAAAUAACGUAAUUAAAAAAAAAACUGACAAUACAUAAAAAAUAAUUCAUCAUAAUUAAUGUUGUUGUUAUUUAUUGACAUAUGGCAGACCUUGAUUAAAAAUAAAAAAAAAUAAAAAAAAUCUGCAUCUAAUAUAUUCAAAAUAUAAUUCCAAAUUCCAUCUUUUCCCAUUGAAAAUAUAAUCAAACUGGCAUUAAAAGGGUUAAAAUCCUGAAAAUGAAUUAACAUUUGAUAGAUAUGAUCAGGAAUGAAGUUGAUUAAAAGAUUUAAGAAAAAAAAGUGGAAAAACAUAUUAAUGUAUGAUAUUUUUAUAGCGCUUUUUUGUCAUUUUUGUCCAUCUAAGGACCUAAACGUAUGGUGUUUUUGUUACACAGUGAUUAUUGACCAGUUAUAAUAAUGGGUGGUCACGUUUUAAAAUUUGGAAAGAAAAAAAAAAUGUGAAAAAAAUCAUCCCAUUUGCAUUACCGCAGCCAAAAUGAUCAACAGCUGAAAGGUAAAAAGUCACCAGAAAUUGACAAAAAUGUCCUAAGAGCCCAAAAAGGUUAAAGAGGUUCUUGUUUAUUAUUCUGUCUGCAGAGGGGGACGAGGAGGACGAGGCCAACAAGAUCGAAGCGCUUCACAAAAGGAGAAACCUGCUCGCGGCUUUCUGCAAACUCAUCAUCUACGACAUCGUGGACAUGCCCGCUGCUGCUGACAUCUUCAAGCACUACAUGAAGGUGGCUGUCGAUCUGUACUUCACACACAAAUAUAUCAACAUCCCCAACAUGAGAAAGUCUGAGGAUAAGGAAUGUGGUCCAGCUACAAUGAUGAGAAAACUGGUUUCUUGGUCUGGUUGAAUGAAAAGUUUUGUCAAGUUUCUGGUGAAAUGGACCAAUAAAAAUCUGUGUUAAAGAGUUUAUAUAUUAAAGAUCAUGAUUAGAAUCAAAGUUAUAGGUGGGAUUGGCAGGAUCUGAGGAAGUGCCAGUUUUGGUGAGAAAUCUUGAAUUUAAACACUACCCCUCCAAACCAGUUGUCCCCUCAGCUCCUCCUCUCCCCUCCCUCUCUGCUCCAGCAAGCCCCGCCCACAAACAGACGCUCCUGCUCGCUCGUAUCGUUCCAAUUAAAUUCAGAUAUAAUGCAGAUAAAUACGUCAGAUGAUUACAAAUGGGGCCCAGUCAACGUGAAAGUAAACAGCAUUGGUGCUACUGUAGAUGCCAACAGACGACCAGCAAACACAAUGUUUGCAGAACUUCUACAACUAGGAUAAAGUGACAUAGUCCAGGACCCGAGGUCAACAGUUUAGCAGCGCUACAACACGCAGCAGGUCCCAUUUGACAAGAAAGACUUCUGUUACAGACACUUGGCUUACUUUGUUAAAGCGGUUUACCGGUUUGGGCUCCUAAACGAUAGGGGGAGCAGCGUCUGCCUCACAACCAAUCAGGUUGGGAGGGAGGGAAUGGUUUUGUUUACAGUCAAAAAGAGUGGAGCGAUCUGAGAUUUCAAAAUGUCGACGACACAGACAUAACAAAGCACAGCGAUAUCAUUAUAUUACCAAAUGUCAUCAAUAACUAACAGCUAUUGAUUGAUAUUAAAAGCUUUUUUGUAUAUACACCACAAAAAAAGAUGCUUCUUUAAUGGAUUUCUGCCUACCCCACCUUUAAAGGUGUAGAAGGAUUUUUGUCAACGAAAGUGAAUGAAAAUGUGAACUGUGUCUUUAUACGCUGUCUUCUUCCUCUUCCUCAGUAUUAUAACGACUAUGGCGACAUCAUCAAGGAGACUCUGAGUAAAACCCGACAGACGGACAAGAUUCUCUGCGCCAAGACCCUCAUCCUCAGUCUGCAGCAGGUGACACACACACACAUGAAAACAAAGCUUCAACGUCCAUAAACGACACGCUUUUAAGUGCACAUCAUUAAUCACUAUUUUUGUGUAUGUUGUGUGUUGCAGUUGUUUAAUGAGCUGCUGCAGGACCAGGGACCAAACCUGGACCGGACAUCGUCCCACGUCAGCGGCAUCAAGGAGCUGGCUCGCCGUUUCGCGCUCACCUUCGGGCUGGACCAGAUCAAGACCAGAGAGGCCGUCGCCACGCUGCACAAGUGAGUGAUGAAGUUUGUAUCGUACGAAGAAGAAACUUUUUUUCUUGUCCUUCUUCCAGAAACAGUUUUCCCUGUUUGUGUUACAUUUUAAAUAUUUAAUUGUGUUUCCUUGUUUUUCUACUCCGACAUGACACAUUUCUAUAUUUUUUUAAUUUUCUCUGUCUGUCUCUGUUCUGCUCUCUCUUUUAGGGAUGGCAUAGAGUUUGCGUUUAAGUACCAGAAUCCUCGAGGACCAGAGUUUCCCCCCAUCAACCUGGCCUUCCUGGAGGUCCUGAGCGAAUUUUCCUCCAAACUCAUUCGCCAAGACAAAAAGACGGUGUAAGUUUUCACCAUCCUCUGUUUUUUUUAAUGUGGUCUAAGGUCGAAUCAGAUCUGUUUUAAGUUUUUAAUAAAUGUUCCCCCUUAGCCACUCGUACCUGGAGAAGUUCAUGUCAGAGUCCAUGUCGGAGCGUCGGGAGGAUGUGUGGCUGCCACUCAUCUCCUACAGGAACAGCCUGCUGACAGGAGGAGAUGAGGACCACAUGUCCGUCACAUCCGGGUCCAGCAGCAAAACCGGCUCAGUUCGCAGCAAGAAGGGUCGGCCGCCGCUACACAAGAAACGCAUCGAGGGUGAGGAGAGGGCGACGCCCAAUCAGGCAAGGGUUACUGUGGUUGUAUUUCUGUGUCUGAUUCUCUCGGUGUUCGUCUGUAGAAGAGAGCAGCGUGGAGGGCUCGUGGUUGAUGCGUAACGACACUCUUCAGACACCGGGGGCGCUGCAGACUCCUCAGCUCACGUCGACAGUCCUCAGAGAGAACAGACCAGCGGAACACAUGCCAGACCCCGACUCAGAACCAGGAUCAGAGAACGACUUCGUACACAAGUAAGUCUUUACACAUCAUGGAUUACACUCAGCGAAGAAUACCGCAGUUCCUUAAGUGGCCACUUGAGGCUGUAGUGUCACGAUCAAAUUGUUUUCCUUCAGUCCUCAGAUGCAGAUGUCGUGGCUCGGCCAGCAGAAGAUGGAGGAGGUGAGCAGGAAGGACCGGACGAACAUGAACUACAUCAAGUCACGCAGCAAUCAGGGCGUCCGGCAGACUGUGUAAGUGUGUGUUUGUGUGUGUGUUUGCCGCAGAAGUUGAGAUGUUAAAUUCAAAGUCCACUAAGGUUUCUGGUGAGAAAUGAUCAACUGUGUUCAUUCCUAUUCUCGACGGCGUGUCUCCUCAGCCGCGGGUUGAUGGAGGACGACGCAGAGCCAAUCUUCGAGGACGUCAUGAUGUCAUCGCGAGGCCAGCUGGAGGACAUGAACGAGGAGUUUGAGGACACGAUGGUGAUCGAUCUGGUCAGUGACACCUCUUUCAGACAUUUGAAAUUACAGGGAAGAUAGAAAAACUCAACAAAGGUCUUGAUCUUCAUUUAUUCAUUCUAAAUAUUUUCAAUUUGACUUUCCAGCCGCCAUCGAGGAACAGACGUGAAAGAGCGGAGCUAAGACCGGACUUCUUUGACUCUGCAGCCAUGAUUGAGGACGAGUCGGUCAGUCAAACUUCACACUUUGUUUCGUUUUUGUUCUUAUCUCCUUGACUCAAGCUGUCAGCUGGUCCAUCCUCUCUUAACCCAUUAAGACCUGAAACCUGUCUGAGAUAUACCUCUGAAAUCCUGAGGGCAGUUUUGAGAAGGGCCCCCAGAUGGUUGUCCUGAGGUUUUCUGAAGUGUUGAGGUUCACAAAAAAGCUGAUAUCUCAGCCUCUGUAGCAGAUAGAAACAAAAUUCAAGAAGUAUUUGAGAGCUCACACGUGUGGCUUUCAAGAUAAGUAUCUUUUAUUUUUCCGAACCUUCAUCACAUUAUUGAAAACCUUGAACAAACAAACUCAAAUGAAAUAAAAUCAGAGGCAAAAUGACGUAUCCGUGCUCCCGACUUGAAGGGUAGAAAUGCGCAAGUUGAAAUGCGUACACGCUUCUCCCAGGUUGAAGGGUUGAAAUACCUACAUGCACCCGGCUUUCCGGGUAGAAAUGCGCAGCCAUGCUCCCGCCUUGGAAGGUUGAAAUGCGUACAUGCUGUCCCGGUUUACAUGAUUCUGGUUUUGUCUGUUUCAGGGAUUCAGCAUGCCCAUGUUCUGAUCUGGACGACGCAAAGAUCCUGAGACCAGGAUUCACAUCAGAAGAAGGAGGUAGGGCUGUGGGAUAACCUGCCAAUCAAACUCCUAAAAAACAUUAAGUACUUUUCUCUUUCUAAAAGACGUGAUGGAAGGAUUUUUGUCAAGUGGAUCUUCUGAUGGAUCCUGCAUCCCGCUGGAUCUCACCUGGACGUGCGCAGCAAGGCUCGGAUCUGUUCUCUCAGGCGGAUGAGAGGAUCUAGAAACUUCUCCUGAAUCUAGUGGAAUUAUUCGAGAGCUUCGUCUUGCUCCUGUUCUUCCUGUUGGUUUAGCUCUUGUUAGCGGUAGCUCUGACGGCGCCCCCGGCCGCCGACCGAUGAGCACUCGCAGUUCUUAACGGUUCCGUGUUACACAGAAGUUUUGUUCCGCUCACAAUCAGCAGCGCGACGCUCUGUACAGCCCUUUCUUCUUGUGCCCCCCGGUAAAAUCAAACGUAAAGAGGGUCUCGAAAUACUUCAAUGUUCUAUAUCUUUGCUCUUACUCCCACCCGACGACCCCCUUUCUCCCCCUCACUGUUUGCCAUCCGAGUCCCCCCCUGUGUGUGGUGCUGGUGUGUGACGUGGGUGUAAAUUGUUGAAGACGGUCGAGGCGGCGCUCGUGCACACUCAGACCUGCUCGGAGGAAAAAUGACGUAACCGUUUCGUGUGUGUGUGUGAUGUCAAAGCUAAGCGAGUGUUGUCAAAAGAAGCCACACCCCCUUCUGCCACUGGACCGAAAUAAGCCCCGCCCUCUCAGAUCUGGGACAUAUUCUGCACUCACACACACACACACACACACACACAUCCUCGAAUAACUGCUUUUAAAGUAAAAAGUUUUAAAAAAAAGACAAUAAACAUAUUUUGAACUCUGUAGCUUUAGUACUAAAGUUUUAAAUCAAGUGUGUUUUUGUUUCUGUCCGAUGUUUGUACAGCUUUUUCUUGAAUAUGUAUCUUGUUUGUUGCCAAAUUGUGGCCUACAUACUUACAGUAUAUUCCAGCCCCUUCCCCCUUACACCUGUAUCUCAUAUCUAAUGGUUACCAAGCUCCGAGUGUUGCUGUGGGAUACCGGCUUUUUUCAGCGCUGUAUGGUGUGAUUGUAAUCGUUUCACAGUUUAGUAUUACUGCAGAUUAUCUGUAUUGUUCACUUAUCUGGUCGAAUAAGUUCUCACACCCGCCUACAGUGUUAGCGGAUCCAUGGAGUUAGAGAUUUGUUGUUCUAAUCGUUCAUAUCAAGUGCAGUGAUGGAUCUCUCGGUCUGACAGAUUUGUUCGAAUGUGUUUUGAAUGUUUCCAGCCAUAUCGUCGUUCACCCUUUGUUUCUUAAUCAAUCAUAUCCCCCUGUCCUUGGCUGGCUUGGCAGUCCUCCUGUAAAUAUCAGAGACAAUUGGAUCUUUUCUGCAGUGCAGUUGACAUCAGUUGCCCUAAAAUGCUCUAAAAGCCUGUUUUGUUUUUUUUGUUUUUUUUCUGUGAACCUAAAUUCUUUUUAAUAAAAUAAAAUCUGUAAUCAAUUUA